GAGCAUGUCGGGGAUGAUAGUAGUGGUGAGUCCGGCCCCUGGGUGGGGAUUUGUGUGAUUGAUGGUCACCUCCCGAGAGUGUUUCAUGGACUCGCCCCCUCCCCGCCCCUCUCUCUCUCUCUCUCUCUCUCUCUCUCUCUCUCUCUCUCUCUCUCUCUCUCUCUCACUGAGCAGGAAUGUGGAAGCAUUCAGGACUUGAGUCAGUCAGCUCGGCACGUUUCUGCACCGCUCAUGAGUGAAUUAUUGAUCCCUGCCUCGGUUAAACGUAUUGAUGAGGAGGAAGAGUAGUCGUGGACACAUCACACAUCCUCUGGACACUUUUUGGAUUUACAUUACUCGAUCGGAGGCGUUUUUUCUUCCUACUCUGUUCUUCCUCGGCUGAAGAAAGUUUGCUUUGAGACUCAACACACACAGCUGGAGUCUGCAGAUGGAAAUCAGCUCCAAGUGUUCACCGAGCCCACCUUUUUCCGGAGCUCUUCCAGCAUGUAAGCCCUCUCCUUUUCUUCAUUUCCUCUUUUUUUUCCCUCUCUGCCUUGUUUUCGUUAUUAACAUUCCGACAGUGUGAGCCCUGCGAUAACACAGCGUGAGGUCACCCCCACGAAAAAAUCACUACAGCCUCAUAUGAGUGGCUGACUGUGGAGGAGAGGCUGCUCCUUCUGCAGCACAGAGCGGUGAGAAGUAGCCUGCACUUCAUUUUCCUUUAGUUUGGUGAUGCUGAAUGAGGUUUUAUGUGGUUUUAAAGACAUAUGAUGCAACAAAUCAUGUGCUGUAGCUUUCAUGUUUGCAGCUCAUCAAGUUAAUAAGUUACAGAAGGGCUUUCUCUGUUUGGUAGAGGAGUUAUCUGUCUCUAAAUGAAAGUAAUUCAACACCAGUUAAACAUAAAAGAAAGAAUCAAGUUUUAAGAUACAUUGUUGGUCUAAUAUGAGAACUAUUGUUAUGCGCUAUCUCUGUUGCCAAGAUAAAUCUACAUCCACACUCCUUUUUUUUUCCAAUAAAAGAUAUCCCAACUGUUGUUUAAGUUCCUGGUUUUUUCCUUCUUCGCUAUAAAUGCCAACCCUCUUGAAUCGGAGCGUAUAAAAGCGGAGUUGAUGGCUCAUUUGCACAGUUUGAUUAAAAGCAGAUGUAAAUCCAAUCAUAAAUGUGUUGAGAUCAUGUUAGGAAAACAACCCUCCUCUUUUAUGAGGGUUGUAAAUUCACUUCUUAUCUGUUUUUCUUCCUCAAGUUGCAACUUUAUAGAUUCAUAUCUGACUAAUUAGUUCUUUAUACUUGAGCGAAAUGUCAUUGUAUUCAGAAGAAAGCUGCAUAUUAAGUCAGAGAAAAGGCUUAUGGUUAUCAAAGUUAUCGUGCUGUGAUUUAUUUAAUAGCAAAGCCGGCAGCCUGUUCCUUCCUUCCUGCAGAUGAUUUGUUUGUCAGAGCUCAGUCUGAAUCUUUCUCUCUCUCCUGACAGGGAUCUGGAGUCUCUGACAAGGUGAAGACUGCUGGUGUUAAAUGCUCACUGCGAGGCUUCCUGCACACAGCGACUGCUCCUAAAAGUGCUGUUAGUUCAGUGACUGUGUGAAACCCUUUACAGGCUGUUUACCAUGGGGUCCAGUCUGACAUGUACGGGUGUUAUUUGGGCCCUGCUGUCCCUGCUGUGUGCUGCUGCCUCCUGCGUCGGCUUCUUCAUGCCCUACUGGCUGCUGGGGACACAGAUGGACAAGCCCGUGUCCUUUGGCACCUUCAGGCGCUGCUCCUACCCGGUCAGAGACGAGGAGAGGCAAGCGACCGUGAUGCUGGAGCAGUGCGGGCGCUACGCUUCCUUCCACGGCAUCCCCAGUCUGGAGUGGAGGAUCUGCACCGUGGUCACAGGAGUUGGGUGUGGCCUCCUCCUGCUGGUGGCGCUCACAGCUCUCAUGGGCUGCUGCAUCUCUGACCUCAUCUCACGCACAAUCGGGCGCGUGGCUGGAGGCAUCCAGUUUGUUGGAGGUGAGUUUUUGUGUGUCUGAGUGUGAGAAGUACAGAAGCCCAGUGCUGUCAAGUUUUCAGCCUUCAGAUCAGUUACUUUAUUCUUGGGUCAAAUACAAGCAGCAUAUGAAGUAUCUCGCUCAAACUUUCACAGUCUUUCUUGGCAGAUUCAGAUUGUUUGCGUGUUUGUGUGAGGAAGAGCGAAUGAAUGACUGAAUUCAGAGUGGAUCUGAGUCACAUCUUGAGGGCAUCAAACUCGCAAUCCCGGUCAGAUUUCUGUAAAUGCAGCCGCUUAAGUCAGAUUUCAAAAUGUGUUAUGUUUAACUCGCAGAAUGAUGACAUCAAAUCUGGAGUCGUGUAAGUGCGGCUGAGCUCUGAUGAGUUUGUCUUGAGCAAAGAAAGAGUUCUGGUCUGGGACUUGAAGGAGGGGAAGACUGGUCUUUAUUUCUAAUUCCUUUCCACUAGAAAUCCAAAAAGCUGCAUCACCAGCUGAGUGCAAAGUUACUGUUGUUACCAUAACAACCUGUGCUGGUAUUUUGGUGACGUUUAAACACAGAAAACAGUUUUAUUAAUGUUUGCAUGUGUCCGAUUUGCAUUUGCGUUUGAUCCAAGCUGAGCUGAGUUCUAGUCUAGACCUGAGAGUCAGUGGGAACUCUUGUUAAUGAAACAGAACCACACCGAUGGCGAGGGGAACAAAGGGCCAUAAAAUGAACAUUUCACCUCUGGCUGUCAUCUCUUGGUUUUGCAGACCUGCUGCUGUUGUUUCCUCAGAUACUUGAUUCCGCCCAUUGUGAUGUUUGACGUGUUGUUUGGUAAAUUACAUCGGCCGUAACACAAGGCUGCAGUUUCUUAACAAAAACUCACAAUUUUGCACCGAGCUGAGGGAAGUGAAGCAGUGCCAUGAAUAUUUAAAUCAAGAUCAUUUUGUGAGGAGCUUGUUGUAAUUUUGUAUUUUUGUUCGAUUUGAAGGAGGUUGGAGAAGUCGUAGAAGUGCGACACUUGAUAUAAAAAUGUUUUUUGCAACACCUCUUGAUAUAACUUUCUGUUUCGGCCUCGGUUAAGAUCCUUUUGUUGCUUGCAUGAUGAAAUGAUUGAAAGCUGGUUUUAUUUGGGUUACAAGCACGCUCAGAAUACAUCAGUGUUUUUCUUUGCUCUGGGUCUGAUCCAGGACGCGCCUCUUGAAGUUGAAAAGAAACCCUCGCUCUUUCUCUUUUCAGAGACGAAGCUCCGUCCACACAAUGCAGCUCUGUCAAUAAAAGACUUUUCUGUUUGUUUGUGUGAUUACAGUAAGUGGACACAGCUCCACACGACACCAGCUUUGCGUGCCUUUGUGUGUGUGUGUGUGUGUUUGGUUUUGCUGGUGUGCUCUCCUGGGAUGUGAGGUCUGAUCUUCCACUGAAGCCGUGAGUUUCUCUGCCCUAGUUUAAGAAGCUGCGGUGCUCCAGCCCUCUCAUUAACUCCAAAAUGUUCUCUCACAUACUGAGGCUCACCAGCCCCUGCUAUUUACAAUCCCCAUCACUUCAGCUCGGCUUUAAGGAAGUGAUGUGACAGUGAAGCAGGUUGCAGGCAGAUUUGACAGAGCUGGCAGGUUUUUCAGAGGGAUAAAUCUGCAGCGGACCACCACACCGCACCAUGUCCUACUUCUAAAAGGCUUAGCUGCUUAGGAACAUCAGUAUUAAUGAUGUAUAAUAUGGAGGAUGAUGAAGGUGAAGGCUGGCUAGUUUAUUCAGAAAUGUGCACUUUUAUGUAAGGAGAGCUCCUUUUAAAGCUCACUGCAACCCCACACAUCCAGAAUUACAGCGAGCUGCUAUUUCUGGUGAGAGGAUUAAAAAAUCCACGUCUGUCUUUUUUUUUGCGAUUCCCUUCCUUCGUAGACUCACAAAUCCAGACGCGCAUGAAUUUAGAUGGAGUUGGAGCAAAAAAGGACUGUGGGGUUCAAUAGAAGGGGCACCGCUCGGUCCCUCUUUAUGAAUGUGUGUGUGAGCCGAAAGGGCAGAGACGUCUCUGAAGGCCUAAUUGGAAGUGACACAAUUGGGAAGCUCGGUGGGCUGCUCCGUGUUUUGUCUUCAAUCACUUUACAAAGAGAGUGGAAAUGUUGAGGCGGGCAGACAGAGAGAGGAGGAGGAAGAAAAAAACACCUGAUGAUUGAAACAUUCGACAUUCACCCAACCUCGCUGAGAAAAGAGACCCACGGCGAGGAAAGGGAGACUGUGCGCCGAAAGAUCUGAUCAAAUCUGGGCGAUGAGCAGGACCAGAGAAGAGGGAGUAAAUGAGGCGAGGAGUCACAUUCAACAGGAGCCUCAUGGUUCACAGUCUGAUGCCAGUGUCUUCCUCCUUUUGUGUCUCCUCGGCUCCUAUUGUCGGACGCUAAUGAAGAGUGUCUCGGAGAGGGUGGGGCCUCCAGGCUGCCACAAGUGAAACAUCCACUUUAUAUCUCCCUCUAAUUUAUCUCAAUCCCAUCAACGAGAUUAAGCUUUAAGGAUUUAUCACUGCCUUAUCUCAUUAGCUGCCGCCAGUCUGAAAGAGUAACUGAACCUAAUACCUGACUUUAACUGUUGCUGGUGUUGUUGUUUACCUCCUUUUUAAAGUGCUGCUUUUAAGUCCAGAGCCGCUUAAUUGGUAAUGGCAGAGGCCCAGAGAGUCGGAGCGUGAGUGUGAGACCAUGAGGCUGUUCUGGCUCGUAAAUCAAAGGCCUGAGAAGACGAAGAAGUCUGUGCUGCUGCUGCUGCUUACAUUAAACAACUGCCUUGGCUGUAGUUUUUGUUUGGGUUAUGCAGCCGUGCAGACUCGAUAUGUCUGCGGCUCUCUGAGGGGAGGUCCAGACAUUAAAAGAUUCCUCACUUGGAUUUGGUUGUUAGGGAUUUUGAUCCCCCCGUCCCCCCCUGCAGAGCCUCACCUUGUCUUUUGGGAGCCUCAAACAGAGCGGCGCUCAGCAGGAGGAAAGCUAUUUAACGUUUGGGAUUUAAGACCUCGAUGUACACGUUUCUAUCCUAUGGGUUUAGACCCAGCGCUUACUAAUACCUUUAAUUAAUGCUUUUAGCUCUCUUUUCUUCACCCUCUGCUCCACACAGCUCCUCUUUGUUUCGAGGUUUCUCUGUGGACAUUUUGCCUUUUGUUUUCUUCAUGAUGAUUGACAGUUCGACCCGCUAACUGACUGACUAGCUUUCCUGUAAAACUUAACCUGGGCCUUACAGUCUGAUGUUCCUAUUUUAUUGGUUUUAUCGUAAAAGGUCAUUGUAUUUGAUUAUUUUGCCCACCCUCACCGGACCUUUUAAUGCUAAUGUAGACUGUAAAGUUUAGUAAUGUCUAUUUAGGAUGCAUCAGAAGUUUCUCCCUCUCUCUCUCUCUCUCUCUCUCUAGCCCUCGCCUCCUUUUCGCACACUCCUACAGAUGGAAAAAUACUUGUUUCCCUCAAUUUCCGAGGUGUAGUAGUCAUCCAGUCCUCCAAAUGGUCCUCCAAACAUGAUGAUGACAGAUGCAGACACCAAACGGAGAUAGUUCUGUGAAUGUUCUGCAAACCGAGGCUGUGAAAUGAAUUCCAGACCAACAUUUUAACAAACAUUUUUACACUCUCAGUGGAGCUCCUGGAUGAUUUGAUAACCUGACGACGGUCUGUUGUGACAGAAACAUUGUGAGAUUAAAGAUGGCAGCAGAAGGAAGACAGUGUGCCAAAGUUACUUCUCACUGAUUUUGCUUUUACUUCUCUGGCGCACCUGUCACACAGUCAGGUGUGCAGAGAUCCUCUUUAACAGACGAUUUGUGAGUAAAAGAGCGGAUCUUUCCAGGCUGUUUAUUCUGUAUUAUUCUUAAAAAUGGACUUAAUGGAUAAAGCCUUGUAGCCUUGAUUAUCUUCCCGGCUGAUAUUUGUCAUUUGGUUGAUUAAAUGCAUCAACUUCUGAUUUUGCUGCUUGCCAGUGAUACUUGUCACAUGAGUAACAGCCCAUCAUCACUGACGCCUGUUUGCACAGAGCUGCCUGGAGCAGGAGGGAAAUCUCCAGUUGAGUCAGUUGGCAGCGCCAAGUUUUGAAGAUAGGGCAGCAGAUAUUUCCAAAAUUAAAAACACAACAAUCCUCUGAAGACGGAUGAGGCAAAAACAACACAAUCCUACAAACUAUUACUGACUACAGCCUGCCUAGUUUUCUAGUAAUAACAAAGAAAAUGCCCAAACACUGACUUUUCUGCACUCGUGAUUUUCCAAAUCCUAAAAUUUGAUGGGAAAGUUUUCAUUUUAACUUUCAUAUCAGUUCAGAAUAAAGGCUAACAGCCUGAUAAAUUAAGGUGACCAUAUGUCCUCUUUUACCCGGACAUGUCCUCUUAUUUGGGGGGUGUCCGGGCUGCCCAGGUUUGUCCGGGGAAAGUUUAUAAAAUCAUUCAAAUGUCUCCUGUUUUGUACGUAAGUUUCGAGUUUGUGUCAUGUGGACUUACUGAGUUAGAAGCACCUAAAAGACCCGAUCUGACCCAAAAAACUCUCAAAAUUUAUGUAGUGAGACUUUGUGACUCCGCCCCUGCAUAGUCGUGUCCUCUUUUUGGGGAUUCAAAAGAUGGUAACCCUAGAUUAACUGCUUAUAACUUAAAGUGUUUGCAUCAUAUGCAGUGAUGUUAACCUCCACCCAUAGACUGUAGAUAGAAUGGACAUCGUCUGCCUCCUCGCUGGGUGAAGCCACUGCGAGAACAGCACCCUCUGGUGACAGGCUGCAGUAUAGGUCAUUAAUCCCGCCUCCUCCAGCAAUCCUUACGGGGCUGUGGACAAACUUUAGAAAUUUAUCACACAGAAUAUAAAUCCUUCUUCCCCUUGGUUGCGAUUUUGACAUGUAGUUACACUAAGACUGGUUUGUGCUCAAGUCCUCGAAGAUUGCGUUUGAUCGCUGUUUGAGCCGAGUGUCAUCACAGCGACUCUCCCGUCGAAUGCGUACAACGCUACUGCGCAAGUGAUGGUUCCAGGAAGUUGAGAGAAUCCUGCAAAUACCAAGAGCAAUCUGGCUUCAAAUUCGUACAAUGACAAGUUGUCCGUAGUAUAUACUGUCUAUGCCUCCACCGUCUGUAGCUCCAUUUUUAGCUGCCACCGUCAUUGUAUUUAGGGUUUGGCCCCAUGAACACGAGCGCAGUUUUCGUCAAUAACAACAACACCCUGUUGCUCUUCAAGACAAAAAGAUGAAAUUGUUGUCACCUCCAAACAAAGAUCAUUAUGAUUGAUUUCUUUUCAGCAAUUAAAGGUAAAAUAACAGCAGCAGCUACACGACAAGAAGCAAUAAAGAGGUAUAACCUGCCCGAAAUCCCUGAAAAAUAUUACCCUGACCUGAGGAGAAUGUCAGCUGGAUUGAAAUGGUUUCACCUCUUGAUAAAAAUGUCAGAAGAUAUAGCUGCUCAGGGCUGCGGGAUAUGGGCUGUUUUUUAUUGAGAUAGUUUGGAAGUGCUGCGUCCUUGAAGGCGAGACAAACGAUAUGAUGCAUGAAGGGCUGCUCUUGUCCUUUUUCAGGGAGUUUGCUGGAACAUAAUGUAGGGUACAAGCAGAGGACUUCUGCUGUUUCAGAGGAGGAGCAGACCUCUGAGUCCCCGGGGACGUAAAAAAAAAAAAAAAGUGUGAAAGAGCUCGACACAGCAUAUUUCACCGCCGUACGGGAAGGUUGUGGGCAGCAGGGAAUCUAUGGAGGCUAAUUUAGUCCGUCAUUGUUUGGAGGAGUACAAACACUCUUCAGUGUUUAGGGAGGAUUAUUUAAGCCUUCUCCGUGGAUUCAGCUAAAAGCAUCCAUUAUUGAUAGAAGACAUUUAAUUUCUGUUACAUUAAAUAUUACCCCUGAGUUCUGACAGCUCUUUGAUGAAAUGAGAUCAGAUAUUUUUCACACGGUUUCACACGCUUCGCCGCUUUCUGAUGCUCCCCUGUGAGGCCUCCGGAGUGAGACGACAAACUUGUCAUUUUUUUGACGUGCGAAUCUUUUGACCAGAUUUGAAGUUCGACUUCUUCAAAGCGGACUGAAGGCAAGAAUUAAGUUUCAAAGAGAGCGAGAGUAAAAAAAAAACAGAACCGCAGACAAAGCGGAGAAUGAAUGAAAUGAGAGCAAACAGAGCUGGUUUGUCGGUGUUAAAGGACAUGUUUGUGGGGAAACAAUGUGACACACGGGGUCUAGCCUCCGCUUUGUGUCGGCUUGUUGGCUGCGCUGGUCGAACACUUCUCACGCCAGCCUUCGCUGAAGCUGCAGCUGAUCUGAACUAUCAAAUAAUUGGCGGCGUUGCCUUCUGGGAAAGCUUCUCCGUUUUGUUUUCUGGCUGAUUGGCCGUGUUUACACCUCUGUGACAGCGGCUCUUUGCUCACACCGGUGCGGAGCAUCAUUAAAUGAACAAUAUGAAACCCCCUUAACUCCGGGCCCUUCGCAGGAGUCUGUGUAUUGUUCAGCCAGAGGAGACCUAUAACACACACACACACACACACACACACACACACACUCUCAAAAGAUGUAAUACAGUAUCCUGGUCAUGUGUUGGGGCCAGAUGAAAUUGGAUUUACCACCUCCGCAGCUCAGAGUGGAUGUCAAGGGCAUGAGCAGGAGCAGAGAAUUUAAAGACAUGUAAAUAAAUUACAGAUGGGCUGCCAUUGUGGCUUCUAUAAUGCCGCCAAGGGCCAUUUGGCAGAGGAGCGUGUUGUCCUGUUCGAGAGCCAUACCAGCACAGCCAGGAGCUUUGUCCUUGUGUCGGCUUUGAGAGUCCCUGCCAGCUGGAUCCCGCCCAGUCCCAGAAUGUGUGCUUCCACUCCCCUCCCAGCACCGGCAGCACUCGUUUUCAAGAGGUACAACAGAAUGAAAUUGCAUCCAUAUGAGGAGGACUCCGGGAUGAAGAGCUCAUUUCCUGUCUGUUUGGGUGUCUCUUGACAGCCUUUGUUUAAUGGUGUCAAAUCACAAGACACUUCCAAGGUGAUGGAUAAAUACUCCCUCACAUCCACUGUGCUGCUUUUACCUCCAAAAAACACGAUCUGUAUUCCUACUUCGUCGCAGGCCUGCCAGUUCGCUACGAUGAUGAUGGACUGCGCUGUCUCGUCUGCCAUGUAGGCAUCGCACAAAGCUAACGAGAUGGCAGCAGCAGCAGCAGCCCGUAUGUUUGGAAGGAGCAGCCAGGCUUUUUGAAUACAAACUAAUGGUUUUUAAAUGCUACCUCGCUCCUUAUUGCUUAUGUUUCCGGCCACUGAUGGUUACAAAGUGGUCGUCUCUUCCUUCGGGUUGAUUGAUCACUUAAAGUGCAGACCACUCGGGAAGCUAUUUCUGCUCAACGUAGAGUUCCCUCAAACCUCUUCAACGUCACCGCAAGAGUGUAGCUGGUGCACCAUGGGUACUUUAUUUUUCCCCCCUCUCUUGGUCUAUCUCUGUCCUUCACCCUCUACUCUUUCUCAGCAUGGACUCAUACGCGGCCCUUUUCUAACCUCUCUGGUUACUGCAGUAUUAUUUACGUUGCUCUCACUCUUUAGCUCUCUAUUUCAUGCUUGUUUCACCUUUCCCCUAUUUCUGCUUUCUGUCCUCCCCUCCAUGCUCCGUGUCCUUCCUCUCCCCUUCUCCAGCUCCUUCCCUCUCUCUCCCCUCCAGUGUGCUCAUUGCCGUCUCUGAGCAGGAAAAAAAAAAAUAGAUUGGGCUGGUACCCAGUGACCCGAGGAGUGGACCUGGGCUCGGCCAGAAAGCGAGAAAGAGAGGACAGAUGAAAGAAAAAGAGAGAGAGACAGAAACAGGGAGAAACAGGGCGGAAAGCCCGGCAUCAGCAGGGAUUUAGUUUUGUCAAACAGGAAGUCUGGGGAACUAAAGGACAGACAGAAGGGUUAUUUCAGUCUGCUCCUCUGUUAAGUCAUUGUUUUCACUGCCAUGGAGGCUGGCGUGCUGCUUUUUCGGGUUGUUUUUGUCACUCAGAAAGAACUGUUCCAAAAAUGUGUCUGGGUUUGUGUCCGUCAUUAAUGUGGCAGUAAAAACAGGGCGAGGGCGCCGGGCAGUCCUCCAGAAUGAAUGAAUCUGGGACUUUAAUUUGGCCGUGAUAAUUGAAACUUUAAACCGAGUAAUGGUGUUGAACAUUUGCAGACUAAUACGCACAGAGACUGACUUUGGUUACACAAAAUGAACCAGCACUCUUUUUUUUAAUUAUUAAUCUUCGGAAACAUCGAUCUGGAUCAGCUGGUGGAGUGGACACCCCCACUGGUCAUAGGAUUGAUUCCCAGUCCGGGCAUGUUUGGUGCAUCAUGUCAUUCUCUGUCUGUCUCAAGCUGGAUAAUGAAAAUAAAGGCACAAAGCCCAAAAAAACAAUGAGAAUAAAAGAUAAUUGUUUGGGCCUUUUGCCUUUUAUUUUGAUAGACACAGGAAAUGACAUCCACCAAACAUGCCAGGACCUGGAAACGAUGCUACGACCAGUACGGUGAGGACUCUCCAAACAUGAGCAGACCAAUCAGCUAGUUCAUGUUUAUUUUGUCUGGCAGGUUGGUCUUGGAUUGCUGGACCAAUCAUUAUUCUUCAUUUGGAAAUGGGGUGGGUUCUACGAGAUGACAACACAAAGGUGCCACUUGGCCUUUUUGUAAACAACCAAAGGAGGUCCGUGAAAUUCUGCUGUUGCAGCCAUUUUUAGGUAUUUUCACACCUGAAAGUCCCGACCAAGGUCCAAACCAUUACAUUACAUUGUCUACAUUUGGUUUGUCCGUUUAGGUUUCACACUGUCAUUAUUGCAAACAGACUAACAGACUUUACAUGACAUCAUCAACUACGUGCUUUGUGUCUCUGUAGUUUACAUUAAUUGGUCAUUUGGCUGAUGGGCGUCUGACGUCAACACAUUGAAAAGCGUGAGACUUCAGUGGAUGCAAUCGUCGUUCCCACCAUCGUACGAUUUUUGAUUACCUACCUCCAACAGCGACAACUUGAAGAGCUGAACAUGAGGCUGGUCUGAGGAAGUCUCAUGAAUUUGAUCAAUACACAAUGACUACAUCGACAUUGAGAGGAAAAGAUGCAAUCCUGCGAGUCAUUGCAACACCGGCUUGGUGUUGUAUGUGUAAUAAAACUCUUGAAAUGAUAAGCUGUCAUUAGUGAAGUAUAAGUUUAUCUACAAUAUUAUAAAAUUUCUCGUAAUUGGACAAUCUCCAUUCAAUAUAAUAACAGAAACUUGCACUCCUUGUGUCAUCUUUGGUGUGAAGGUCAGAACCUUUCAAAAUAAUGCUUUCACACUGGGCAUUAACAGUUAGGGCAUUUCAGUUUGGUCCAGACCUAGACCAUCUCUUUUGGUCUGGACCAAGGUCCCAGGGAGGUUUCACACCCAUCAUUGUGGUUCAGACCAAACAGAGAAGUCCAAGAGUCUGGUCCAAACAACAUAGGUGUGAAAGCCCCCUUAAAUGAACUAGUUGAUGUGAUGCUGCUGCCUGCUGCUGCGUCGCUCAGAGGGGUUGUAGGUCACUCCAUUCGCACCCUGGAAAAAAGUAAACAAACGGCACACAUCUCGACCUCUUCGUGAAGUUGAAUUGGUGUGCUGUUGUCAAGCUAGGCAAAAACUGCAGGGGUGUCUGCUGACAACUAAGCAACACCCUUCAACAGACCUUCUUUGAGUUUACUGUUAGUUUUCCACUUUUGGACAUUUUGUUACUGGCCGGCAAAUCAAUUAAUCAACUGGACUAAUCGGUCAGCUCGGUCAGGGAGUACUCAGCAACUGAAGUGCUUUGAGCUAAAUGCCAACGUCAGCUCCAAACACAAAGUAACGCUGUUUUACUAUUCUUCAGGUAUGAGGUGAAAGGUCAGAGAAAAAUGUGACCCUGUAAUAAAAGGAAAAUCCAUCAGAUCACCCUGCGCAUAUUUGUGUAGAUAUUUCAGCCUGAAUGAAAACGACAGACCCUCCUUGACUAAAAAUCAAACUGACAUUUUCAUUAAUACCGAAAAGAAGUGUUAGCUGUAUCAGGAGCCUUAUUAAUCUGAGACUUUCCUGCACUGAUUAAUCAGGAUGUAACCCCCCCCUCUGCUUAAACAGAGAAGGUGAGGCAGACGCAAAAGUAAUUGUUAAGUCGUAUCACGUCUUUCCUGCUGACACCUAAAGCGGCGAAUAUGUGUGAAGGGAUGAAUCACAGCUCAGACAGAUGCUUAACAGAUGGUGAAGGCUCCGCUUCUCAGUAUCGCCGCUGACACACAUUGUGGAGGGCAUGUUGGGUGUCAAAGCCCUGGCCUGUAUUUACGGUGAGCCAUACUUUAGUCAUAGGUAGGGGGGAUACGAGAAUAAACCCCUCUCCUGCAGUUUGAGCCGUCUGAGUCCUUGUUUCUGUGGCGGAUAAAUAAAUCUCCGAGUGUGAUCAGAAACAAAAGCAGAGAACAAGGAGGAGAAGAAAAAAAAAAGCUGUUUUUCCAAACUUCAGCACGUGUUUUGUCUAAUUAGCAAUGAAGAAGAUGGAAAGCCCACGUUUGACCUGUAAGACAUCUCCGAGGGAGUGGGAGGGCAUGAGUCGGCUGAAUAAAUGAAUAAGUAUGGAUCAGAUGGAUUGGGUCUGAGCCCUGCGGGAUAAAGUAGUUCUCUCAGUAUUCAGACCCUGUUUUACAGUCUCAGAGGCACCGUGCCUUUAACACUACAGUUAAUUAUACCCUGUUUUUCCUAGUGAGGGGGAAUGCGGGGUCAAUAGUCUUUUGUGCCGCCUUCAGAUGGGUCAGCUGGCAGGCCGGCAAAGAAACCGAAUAUGUCUGGAUGUAUGGAGCCGGAUCUGCGAAUAAAACAGCAGCGUAGAAUAGCCGAGGGAGACGUUUAUUUUUGGAAAAAGGAAUCCGCAGUAAUUGCCUGUCUUUGGUUUCUUUAGCCUCAAACCAUAUGUGCAUUAUAAUGUAAACUUCCAUAUCUGUAAGAGGCAGUACGAACACCCACUGUACUAUUCGUCAUUUUCCUCCUUUUGUCCCCUCUGAUUCGAGUAUGUCUCGUUUAAUUUGACUCUACCUCUCUCUCUCUCUCUGUGUGUCUGAGUAUCUCCUGCAUCUCAACCCUAAAGGGCCAGGAAUAGCUUCAAGAGCCGAGUGAAGAGCCCGAGCUCUCAGAGAUGGUAAUGCGUGGAAAAAAGAGCCGCCUCUGUUUCCGGGAGAAUUAGAUCAGGGUCAGCGUGCGGGGGUCUGGGAGACGCUUUGUCCCUCAGUGGGUCACACGCACUCGUGCAGACAGGUGAAGGUGGCGUAAAAGGCAGCUGAAGAGGACAAAGGUCACAUGUGCACACGCAUUUGUCUGUCACAAAGUGUCGUGCGGUGUGUUAAUGACUCAGUGACCGAGUUGGAUGUGUGAAAGAGAUGUGUGUGAAUUUGUUCCCUCUCGUGUCUUUGCGUGUCGCCUGAACGCCGCUCACUGAGGCCAGCCAGUGCGUGUGUCUCUUCUGUCCGCCUUAAGUAACGCUGGGAAUUUGGGGUGAAUGUAUUCCUCCCCCCUGUCCACACUCCCACCCUGCUCCCUCAAUUACUUCUACUCCAAGUUUAAUUCUGAGGCUUUUUUAAUGAGCCCGCCUGCAUGUGUUUCACCAGAGAAGGUACUUGAAUUUAAUACAUUUCACACCGCUUUCCUUUUGUUGUCUUUACAGCAGCGCAGUAAAAUCUAUAUUUGGCUUGUGAUUGUGCAUGCUAACAGAGUCACAGAUUUUCCCCUUAUGUGCUCAGCUUAUAUAAAUUAGAAGCAGCAAGACCCUCGAGAGAGUGAGUGUUUGUUUGUUUACUGAUCAAUACAAAUAAGACUUCAUUUGAAGGCGAGGAGUGUGUUGAGGGUUUUUUUUUUUUUUUUUUGAAGCCUUGCAGAAACGAAGCAUCAAAGGCACCUUGGUGUAGGAAUAAGCAGAAUGUCACUCCCGUCAUUACCAUAAAAUGACAACCCUGUAAUUGUGGCGCAUGAAAUUACGUCUCAGGCGAGAAAAAGUGUGCAUUCUUCAGUUUUAAUCUCUGUUUUCGAAGGGCCACGUCGGAGACCGAGGAGGGGUCGGUGUUUGGGUGGAAGGCGACGCGCUGUGUGACUCCAGUUUGGCUUUGCUUCCCAGACUCUCAUUCCAGCUGGUCAGCAGCAGUUGGGUGGGCUUUCCCAUUAUGAGAUCUUGUUUCCACAGCAGCAGGGGGUGCAGACCCAAAGGAGAGAGAGAGAGGGAGGGAGAGAGGGAGGGUCAACAUUUGCAGAAAUCCCCCCGGAGUCGCGCAGAAGCCAGUGUCUGAUGCUUAAAAUAAACAAGCGAAGCUACAAUUUUCCCUCGCGUUCGAGAAGAAAACACUCCCACCACCGCUUUUCGCGAAUAAUCAGUCCAGCGGCUCUCACAGUCUAUUUUUAUCAUCUGUGAGCAGAUUGUUGUCAACUGUUAAACAGCACCUUGUUGACUGGCCUCUCCGUGAACCCAGGAGAGAUCAGAAUCCAGCAGAUACACAGCAAGACAUAAUCAAAGCUCGGACAGAAAGAGCUAGGAGAAGAUAUGUGAGAGCUUGUACUCCAUCCAGCCAGCCAGUAGAGGAAGGGCGCUCUAAAAUAAGAAGCCCCGUUUAGUUUACUAUAAGACAAAGCUGCGGGAUGUAUUUUGAGCCACUCUUGCUCUGUGGAAACAUAACACAAGAUCUGAGGAAUGCACAAAGUGAGCUUCAUCCCAGACAGAGCCUGAGGAGGCUAUAAACAGGACAGAAGACGAGCUCUACCCAUAUUUGUAUGUGUUUAUGAAGAUCUGCUGCAGCUGAUGGCCUUAUAUAGGUUUGUGGGGAAGAAACGGCUCAGCGGAAGAGUCGGAGGAACUUCUGAGAAGACGCGUCAGAUACAGUUAGAGAAGGCCUGGAUCAUGGGGGUAAUGAUAUCAGCUGUGAUACCGUAUCUCUCUCCUCACCUGUUAUACAAGCAGAGAACAUUAGCGAGACAAUCUGCCCUCCACGCCCUCGCCGCCUCCUCCUCCUCCUCUGCAGCUUUCAUGCACUUUAUUACCAUUACUUACAUAUUCUCUUUGCCGGUUCACUUCUCUGACUCAUGUGCGUGUUCUUUUUUGUUGGAACGGAAACAAAAUGUCACAGGAAAAAAAAGUGAAAGCGCAUAGUUUUGCUCUUUUCCAAAGGGAGCCGUGGGACAAAGGUUUUCUUUGAUCCGGCACAGUCACUUCCAUCUCUGUACUGGUUUUGGAUCUGGACUAGCCUGAGCCCCCCGCCCAGGGUUGUUCUCCCAGGCCUGUCGUGCCAACUGCAACCAGUUCUCGGCCUGUUGUCUCCCUGGGUGGGGAGGUUCCCAUGGCAACGGCGACCUGGCUGUGGUUACAGUUCCCGUGGAUCAUUGCAGGAAGUUUUUUGUGGGAGUGAUGUGGAGUCACACUGUGAACUUUUUAAUCCCACAUUCCUGCUGAUGUCUCUAGUGGGAGAGGUUGUGAAUGAAUUGAAAUGAUUCACUUGAGCAAGGUGUUACUUCAGGCAGGCCAGACAGAGAAGCUCAAACCAAAAAUAUAAAGGAUCCGUGUUGAGCGCGUUCCGUCAGCGUCGCGUAUCUCCUCCGUCGAGCAGCGCUGUCUCUCGCAGUCAGGAUACAUAUUUGGAGCUUGUAGCAGCAGCGUAGUGCUGCCCCUGUCAGCUGGGCUCAGUAUAGAGGAAACAACAGGUUGUUUUUCCUUUCUGUGGUCGAUUUCCUGCUAAUUUGGAUAUAAUUCCUCGACUGUUGAGCCUCUACUGUAUAUGAAAAGCAACAUGAUUGUACAGUUUCUGUUUUUGCAGGUUUACUCGUGUUUAAUAAAGUAAACUGUGUUCCUUCAGACAGAGUUUGCAGUUAAUAGUCCUGUUGGGGUCCACAUGGAUCAGGGAUCCUGAUAAAUCCAGAACCAGAAAGUAUUUCUCAUCAACACAAACUGAUACACAGUCAGGAGUCCACAUAUGGUGUUUUAUUUUGAAAUUUACCGGAUGACAUGCACGGUUUUCGUGCUUAACAUCCUGUCUAGAACGAUCUUCUCUUUGUAGAUUGAAGCGUGUUGGAAGCGUAGAGCAGCAAAAAUUGACUAGAGUGGCAACCUAUUUGCUGUGUGAUACGCGAUGCUGGUUUACACGCUCAAUAUGUAUCCUGUAUGUUUUAGCCUUCAGCCCACGAUACUUAAUUGGCAAACGUAAAAAAUGGCUGCUCACUAUAAAAUGCUUUAGACUGCCUACAUUUGCUGCUUCCUCCACAAACCCGUUUUCCACUUCCUCCCUUUUAUGCUUUUACCCUCCGGGUCUUUGCUGCUGCUCCUCCUGCCUUUGCUUAAAAGUGAGAGGAGGUGUGAUCUUCUUACCUCAGACGUACGUGGGAGGGUAGUGAGCUCUCAGGACAGAGCUACACCCCCACAGAUACAACUCACUGCAUAAAAAUGAAUAAUUGUCUCUGACUAAAAUGGUCCUGACUGAACUGAGAGUUAUUCUUGCUCAAAAACCAGAACACCAAUCUUUAAAUGUAAACACUGACCACCAUCAUCCGUCUGCCUUUGGUUCUGACUGAUAUUUAUAAAACGCACAAAUCUACUCAGAGGAGAAAUUGUGAUGGAGUACAUUUUCCGGCAGUGUUUGAGCUGGUCUUCUAUCCAACAUCUGAAAAAUAUUGAUCUUUUUUUAAUGAAAUAUAUGAGCUCCACUUCCUCUCUCUCUCUCCUUGUGUUUGAGUCUGAGUCUGAAGAGUGAAUUGGAAGGAAACCAGAAGCUUUUAACAGACACAACUAAAGAUCAGGAUGGACGCAGUUAAGGUGAAGCAGAAUGGAUCCCAGGAUUUGUAAUUACAGAGUGAUUAGAAACCGAGCCAAACCCUUUGGCCUGAUCACUUACGUCUACUUAUCUCCUGCAGCGCCAGCGAAAAGACUCGAUCAUUAGUAAAUGUGUGGCUAUCAUGACUGUCCUGUAGCAUUGUUCUUUUGUCAGCGUUCCCCCGGGGAGACUCCCUCUCUUACAGCCUACUGUGUCUCUUCAGGAGCACAGAAACUGAAGAUGGGCUGUCAGAAUAGCUUUUCAAAUCCAGUUUGUCUCCUCCGCAAAGCACGCACUUCAUGUGAUUACAUCAGGGGGGGAAAAUACACGAAAAAAUGGAGAUGGAGCUGAUUGCUUGUCAUAUCACCAUAGUUUCGAUGGCUGGAUGGAGGGUUCUGACAAUGUGAUGGUAGGUUAGAAGUCGGUGUUAUUUUCCCUAACGUCCAGAGUCUCUGAGAGAGCUGCUGGAUCAUGAAGAGAAGUCCUUCAAAGCUGUUCUGCCCAACAUGUUUCAGCCUGACCGUGAUGUGCUUCUCCAUCUGACGUUUGAAGAUAACCACGGAGUAAGUGGCCGGCCAGAGUGGGCUUUCUUUUUUUUCCCCGAACGGAGAGCACUCAGCCUCUCUCAUGAUGGAUGCAGAACGGCUCGUCAUGUGCAAAGAGGGAGAUAAUAGGAGCAGAGGAGUCACAGGCACUUCAGCUGAUAACAGGGUGCAGGCUGUCAAUCACACAGCGGAGUGGACGAGGCGUAGGUUGUACUGUUUUCAUUCCCCGCUUGAUGUCUGAUUUUUGAUUUGAUGUUACACAGACGUCUUUCUCUCACAGUCACUCAAGUGUUACUCAAUAUUGUUUUUCCGCCCCUGUAAAUGCAUCAGCGCUCUGCUGUGAGGUUCACAGGGGGCUAUUACAGAGGUGGGUGCGUCUGACAUCCGUCAUUCAGUAGUUACUCUGCACACCAGCCAUGAACAGCAGUGACAUUGAGGUGAGUCUGUAAGCCAUCCGGUUACUCGGAGCCGGAGCUGCAUGCACAAAAUGUCAAUAAAGACAGAGACAGCUGUGUGCUGCACAGAGACCCUGCAAUAUCCUGCUGGGUUUUGACCACUAAAUGUCCAUUAUUAUCUCAGCAUCUCUCCUCCAGCCUCCACUGUGUCUGCAGCCUUCAGAUCAUUUAGAUUCCACUUCCCCGGGCAAAGCAGUUGAAGAUGAGUUAUCCAUUACUUUGCCUGUCAAAAAGGCAGAGAAACAGCUGAAAAGCAUGUGGACUCGCUGGCUGUUGAUCUGAGCGGGAAAUGUCCUCGAGGACAUGAGCGCCGUUUUAUUAUGUAUCUUGGCGGAUGCUCGCUGAAUGAUUAGAGCAACUUUUGGAUCAGUCUGCACCACCUCUCCAUAAAAAUCAUCUGGCUGCUCUGCAGUGAAACGUUGAAGCUGUGAAAUGUUGUCACCGUCACUCUGAUACCUUCAUAUUGCAUCAUUCGGAUCUGUGCAGUGAUCUAUGUGUUGAUGCCUCUGAGCAGGCUUUACAUUAAACAGGUGAACAGUGUUUUGAAAAGCAUGUGGAUGAAAUUUAUGCCGCAUUAAGACGUGUGAAGUCAUGUUUCGAUUUUAGUUCCUGGAAAGUAGAUGUUAGGCUUCAACCUGACGCUGAUGAUUUAUGUGUUUUACUAUGAAUGCUAGUUAGAGUGAUUAUGUAUUUGGUGGCAUUUUACAGAAGAGAUUUGGCAGAAAAUAUUAUAUUUUUUAAGUGUUUCAUCAUCUGUACAUAAAAAUAAAUUUGAUUUUGCUGGGGAUAUAUCAGUCAUUAUGUCAGUCUGUUACAGAUCGAACAAUCCUAGGUUUAAACUAGAAAAGCACUCGGAGAGCGCAGACCUCCGCCAAGCAGCUCAUGUCCCCCCUUAUACUGUGAUUCACACCAAAACUUUUACUGUUACGUGUCUUUUAUCAACGUUUAUUUGUGUUUAAACUGGUAUGUUCACUGUUCAUAAUGUACCUAAGACAAGAAAUGCCCUGACCCAGAUUCGAACCCAGGAUCUUCUGACUGUGAGGCGACAGCGCUAACCACUACACCACUGUGCCGCCCAUUGGAUAUCUUUCAGCAUUGAAAAUUCCAACGACACCCUUAUUUUUGUGUGUUCUGGAUCACAGUAUCCAGAAUUUUGUCUGGAUCAGGAUCAACCUUUGACACCUCAUAAAACUCAUUGAGAUCCUUUUGUGUCAUUUUUUACUAAAGACUCUGGACAUUUUUAUAGAGUUAAUGCAAAAAUUCCUAAAUUUGCCCUAUCUCACGACGAUCAAGAAUCCUUCAAAAAAUUCCUGGAUCCAGAAGACGAUCCGGAUCACCACCAAAAUGUAAUGGGAUCCUCCUGGGGCUGAGACGCACCUCUGGUGAAAAUUUCAGGUCAAUCUGUCUGUUACUUUCUCUGUAAAGUUGCUAACAGACCAACAAACAAAUAAACCAACAAACAAACCAACGCUACCGAAAACUUGACCUCCCUGGCGGAGGUAAUAAAUGGCUUGAAUUUGCAGUAUUUAUUAGUGUUUUACAAAGGGUUUAACCUGAGCCAGACCUUACCACAAUGGUAAUCAUAUCACAGUCAUGCUGGCCUGGCAUGACAUGGAUAUAUUUUUUAUAACAUACUGGUAUCGGAUCGGCACUUGGUAUCAGCCGAUACCCACAGCACAUGUAUCGGAAUCGGUAUUGGGAGUGAAAAAUUGGUAUCAGAACAUCUCUAGAUGGUAGAGAAGGUGAAGACUGGGACCCACAAAGUUUAGGAAAGGAACGCCCUUUCGUUAAGAAUGAGCUUUUUAGAUCUACAGAGCAGAGGCUGAGUGAUGGCCUCCAUCUUUUAGAACCAUAUUUCUAUUUGGUGAGUAGUUGCACAAAAUGCAUCAGUUUGAAGAAAAGAAGUCAUCAGUGUGUGUCGUGCAAAAAAUGAAUUUGUAUUGACAGAAGUUUAACUGUGAGUGAGCAGGGUUUCAAUCUGACAGCUAAAUGUCAUUAAAUAUUCCCAUUUCUACUCUGUUUGCUUUUAAAUUGAGCUGCAAAAUCCCAAAAUGGACUUCUGAAUCUCACAUCAUUCAGCCUGAAAACAAAUUCUGAUGUUCUCUGUGGAUGACUGGAUUACUGAAAAAUUUAUACCAUCAGCAGGACUGUUUUUAACAAAGCUUGACACUUUGUGAGUUUGUAGUCGGGUUAAAAAUCAGACCACCUAACUGAAACUGAAAUGGUGUUUUUGUGAUUGUUGGUAAAGUUUGAUUUCUAAAUGCUCAAUAUAGGACUAUCGAUUAAUCGAUAUAUCGGAUUGUUUGACUAUGACGAUGUUCUCCGAGUGCUUUUCUAGUUUUGUGUGUUUCUGUUUUAAAAGAUGAUAGAAAAACUUAUUAAAGUGAAGUUUGGUGAAGUUGUCAUGGAAUAAAAAAUCAAAAUCAAGUUUUCAGAAAAAAAAAAAUCUGGUUUUUAUUUUUGGCCAGAAUCGUGCAGCCCUAGCUCAGUAUUAAUCAAAUAAAAUCCAAUUAGCACUGAGACAGGAAAGACUGGAGAAGCACGAGUCUGACUGCAUUUUAUUUUUAAGGAUUUUAAUUUUUAUCCUGCGUGUACUUUUGCGAGUCUCUCCACUUUUUUGUCUUCUAAUCUUAAUAAUGAAAUAAAAGUAGUAAAUAUGGCUGCUGGUCAACCCACAGCUUUGUUCGCUGUCCUCCAGAGAUACUAACAGUGAUAGACUUAAGAAGCGUCGAGUGCUUUCUCUCCAAGAGUUGUCGGCCAGCUACUGGCAGCUGACGCGUGGAGAUUUCCCCCGGCGGCGUGCGUUUAGUUUGAAAAGACGCACUUACACUCCACAUACGCCACUCCAAACUUCACACAAAAUAAAGGAACGGCGUUUUACAAUUACUCGGAGCGCAGUCACUGUGAAUUGGUUCUCACUGCUGGAAAGCGUGAGGGAUAGCAAUAAGUCAAUAAAGCCCAGAGUAAAAACCUGUACGGUUUGAUAAGAGAAACAGAUACAUGAAUGGGAUGAAGUCGCUCAGUUGUGGCUCCCACAAACGUCUUCAGGAAAGGAUUUUUGAUUUCCUUUAAAGAGAAAAGGCUUUUCCUCUCUGAGACGCAGUCAGACGUUCCCCAGGGUUUUUACAAACAUCCUCUUUCUUGGAACGUAACAGAGCAAAACAACGAUUCAAAGCGGGCUUGUAGUGAAGUAAAAAGCGUUUAAAGGUGUGCCGUCUCGGAGCCAAAGUAUUUGAGCAGUCAUCCUCCUUGCUGCUUAUUGAUGGGCUCUCGGCAGGGUGUUUGUGUGUGUGUGUGUGGAAGACACCUGCCCUGAGCCACGGUGAGCUGUAAUCGUGAUCAAAGCUCAGAUCCGUCAGCUGGGAGCUCGAGAGUGUCCUUGCUCUAAACUUUGUUGUUGUGAGCGUGCUCUGUUCCCCUUGGCGAGCCCUGCAGGCAGCUACACAGGAGUGGAGAGGGAGAGACACGGGGACUGAGAAGGGCAGGGCUCCCACACUUGCCGUCUUAUUGAUCUGUGAGGAGAGAUAAACACUUUAACCUGAGAAACCGGCAGACGACUGUGGCACAUACUCAUUUUUUUUCCCUUUCGAAAUCUUGAUUUGCAUUUUUCUCUGUCUUUCUCCCACAUUAACCUUCUCCUUUUAUCUCCUGUCUUAAAACCCUUCGAAUGAUUGAUCCCACACCGCGCAUUUAGCAAUUAAGGAACCCCCCCCUCCUUCUUCACACACACCUCGCUUAAACAUAUCAUCCGCUAACAUCCGCCUCUAUCUCGGCGCUUUGUGAUAAUUACCCUCUUGUUAGACCUUGAGCUUGAGAAGCAACACCCAACCAAGGGCAGCGUGCCGCGUGCAGAGCCUCGCAGUGAUUCAUUGGCAUGUAUAUGGCUGGCUAUAUAUCUUGAACACGCGGUAAUAGGCGGGGGCGGUGAGGUGAACGUGGGGAAAAUGGGCUGUUGUCGCUUGAGUGGCCGCUAAUGUGGUCUCUCUAGUGAUAACAUGAAACAAUCGGUCCUGUUAUUAUUAUGUUCUCAUGGCCUAAACAAUACAAAUGAAAAGCCCUCAGCUCUACGGGGCGAUUUCAUGAUCAAUAAUGAUUUGUCGAGGGGUGAAACUCGUUUCCCACAGCCCAAGGUGAUGCCUUCAAAUUGCUUGUUUGGCCAACAGUCCGAUGUCCAAGGUGAGAGCGCGCUAACAGGAGCAGCAGCUAGAAACGAUGAGAGCUUCUCACGUAUGUGCAGAUAUCGUCGUGUGUAACCAUGGUGCUUUGUGGAAAAGGUCACAUGUUGGCUGCUUUACUCUACAAGAAGAGAAAAAACCACUCCUCCCUCCUCUCUACACCAUCACAUUGCUUUCUGCUGUGACACGUCAACUGUGAUCCAGACCUAAUCUACCAGGCCAAUAGUGAGGUCCCUGCAGGGAGCUCAGGGGCCCCAGGCCCUGCACCAUUGCAUCAUCCGUCUUCACGACAGGCUACAGGCAGGGGCUGGCCUCGCUCCUGUCCUCUCACGCUCAUAUAUGCAGAGAUAGGACGGGAUUCUGCACCCUGGAGCCUUCAGCUGGUCACCAGGUGGGCACCCGAGCAGCAACCUGUCUCUCCUCUCCGCUCGGUGUGCAAGCGUGGAAAUUAAAAUCAGGGAGGACGACCCUUUUUCCCCGUGGGGGGCCUCCAGCCUCCUCUGAGGCAUCAAGCAGGCGUGACCGUGCUCGCUCUCUCAGAGGUGGCGAUGAGCAAAUAUCUCAAGAAGUCAUUUUCCCCGGCUGUGCUGUUCCUGCAGUUUCCAAUUUCACUUCAGGUUUCAUUUUGUUUUGGAAGCUGCUAGCAUAUCAUACAUAAAUGUUUGCUGAAACAACAUUUAACAUUUCUGUUUUCCUCCUGCUGUAAACUUCACUCAUUCAGUUGUCCCGUCGCCAGGAUGGAGCAAACAAUCAGCCUCGCACUUAUGCAAACGCACGCACACGCGGCGCAGAGGCUGCCAAAGAUGCUGCAAGCCUGUGUGUUUGUUCUCUAUUACUCUGAGAUUUAAGAGGGACAAAGAAAUGUUUGCAAGUCAUUUUUAUUCCGUUUUUUUUUUUUACCCAGAAUUUUUCAGACAAUUCAUCCAUCUUACUGUAGUUUGAAGCUCUGCAGUCUUUUUCAGCAGCUUUGUGAGAAUCUUCAGAAGUCUUUGCAUGAACAGAUUAAAAAGAAGUUAUUCACUCUGGUCUACAAUAAAGUAGGGCUGCAUGAUGAAUCGAUUUUAAAUCAUAAUCGGAUUAUUAGAUUAUGACAAUGUUAAAAAAAAUUAAAUUGUCAAAUUGAUUUUCCUCUCAAUCAUGUUUGCGCCACUGUAGGCUCCACCUUCCUGUAUAAACAAACAUGGCGUUUGCAAAAGAAGGUGGUAAUUUCGUGGCUAAAUAGGACAAGAGCAAGUCAGUCGUGUUGAAUUGGUACAGCUUUGCAGCAAGAAGUGGUUUGCUCUUUGUUCGAAACUGCGAAGUCUGUCUGAAGGCGGUAUCAACCCGUCCACACGGAAACGAAUUCAGGAGUAAACGCGAAUGUUUUCUGUCGUAUUGGCGUUUCAUCCACAAGGAAACAGCGUUUUCGGGUGACUGACUAUAAAUCCGUUAACGACGACCAUUUCAUCUCUGUGUGGAUGUCUAUCUGCAUCUCUGGAAACGAUCAUGUGACACACAGCGUGAGUCUUAUAUGGCGCCUGUGUGUGUCCGGCUAUGCUUUGCUCUGUACUCUUCCGCUGUCUUUCGUGCAUGUACUACAUCGUUUUCAGUGGUUUCAGUUUGAGAGAUGAUAGAAAAACUUUCUAAAAAAAUUGACAUCAAAAAUCGACUUUUCAGAAAAAACUUUUAUUUUCAGCCAAAAUCGCGCAGCUCUACAAUAAAGAUACUGUUUUAUUUUCGUUUCCUCUUGAUUGUUUUAUACGGACACGCAGUCGGAUUCAAUCUUCUCCAUCCUGCAGCACAAAGACAGCCACACUCUCGGUCAGUUGUUUACUCUGGCAAGUACGCUCGGAAAGUCCUGCAUUCGUGGUCAAGUGAGUGACAUGUUGCCUCAGACAAAGCUGACAGAGCUGCUGGAGGUCUAGCCGACUGUUUGUCCCUUUUAGAGAGGAAGUCAAACACAGCUUUAACAAACUUCAACUUCACACCAGAGUGGAGGAGACAAACAUGGCCAGAUGCCGAUGAAUCAUCUGAUUAGAAAUAACCCACUUUACUGUUUUUAAUGUAUUUCCGCGGAAUAAAAUAAACCAUGAAAUGAAGCGUCGGAGAUAGCGGCUCGACUUAAACCCUCCUCUUCCUCUUCCUCCUCUCUGCGCUCACACACUGAGUAAAGAAUACAUUAGAGGGUAAUGAAAUAAGGGCAUUUAAAGAUGGAUUCGAAUUGAGUGUCAGUCAAGGGGAGAGGAUCACAUUACCAGUUGUCCGUUGCUGUGACUCUCCUUCCCAUUAAAAGGUAGUAUGAUCUCCUCUCCAAUGCAAUUACGCGGGAAAAGGCCUCAUGUAUGGGCUGCAGCAAUUUCCAGGAAUAAACCCGGAGAAUUUUAUUUAGAUCUACUUGUGCUUAUAGCAGGCCUGUAUGCAAUAUUCAGAGACUUCAUUAAAUCAACAUAUCAUCUUUUGGCCAUGCUUUUCCUGCCCUACAUUUCCCCGCAGAGCGCAUUUACAUGAAAUGAAAGAAAUUCCCACCUACACUCGCUUCGUUUGUAGGUACAAAUCCUUGAAGAACCGGCACAUCUUUAAGUCGAGCUAAAAGGAGAGUCAGGCGUGGAAGUCAAGAGAGGAAAGGAGGUUUUUAAUCAGCCUCUUCCUCUACUCUCUGCCCCAAACCUCAGCUCCCUUACCUCCUCUUCUGGUCUCCCCUCCCUUUUCAGGGGCUGCUGAAGGUUGAAGAGGGGGGGAUGGUUGUUGAAGGAAAAGGGGGCUCUGGAGGCCUCCCGUGGAAUCUCUGCAUACCACCAGGGAAAGUGGGAGGGAUUUUUUUGCCCCCCAGCCAGCAUCAUAAAGUGUGCGGCAACAGCAGCUGGUGUCAGAGAAAAACAGGGAGAGUGGAGCGACGCCCCGCUAUCUCACUUACUAUCUUUUUUAAAUAAAGGCCAGUAAGCAGAGUGGGGGGAGAUUACACACGAGAGCGGAGGAAGGAAGAUGUGGCACCCGUCCCUACAGCGAAUCACCAGAUGGAGCAGAUCUAAAUCAAGUUCCUCCUGCUAUAAAUACAAUAGAGAGCGGGCAGACACAGGGAAUAAUAAGCAGCAACAUAUGCUGUGGUCAACCUCUGCGGCGAGAACGCAGAGCUGUUUCUCCAUGCUUUGCAUUUCUCCCCUGAAUUCAUCCAUGAAGGCGCUCAGUUUAGCACGCACCACAGCAGAGGAAGCCCACGGCAGCAGGACAUGCCAAUCACAGCAGUGGCCCCGCUUCGGUGUUUUCUCUGCCGGAGGAAAACAAGAAGAAUCCAAUGAAAAUUAAGUUAUGUUAUAAAACGCUGCAUUUCACCUUUAUGGUCUGGCGGCUGCUCGAUAUUACAACAGACUCUGAGCCUCACAGCUGUGUAAUUAAAUGUCCAACAAGGGGCUAGUUGGGCUAAAAGCUGCUGUGGUCAUUUUCUUUUCUCUCCUCCUAUCAGGUGUCCUGAUCUUUGGGUGUGUGGAGGAGGAAGGGUUGCCUUUUGUUGGCCCGCGAGGAUCAAUUAAGCCAUCAGGAGGGAGAGACAGUAAUAAGACGUGUAAUGGAAGGUCGCUGCUCCGUGGGGAAGAGUGUAAAAUUCAUCACCGCCUCUUGUUCGCACAUUUAUCACCCAGACAUUACAACUUGUAAUCAGUCACAGAUGUCAGGGGUGGUGCUCGCUCUCCAUCAGGACACAUGUCUUCACGCCGGUGUCAGUUACUCGUGUUUUUUCCUUGAAAUAGUAGCGCUAAAUAAAAUAGCUCUCUUUGACUUAUAAGUGCGAGGUUUUUACACUAAAAUAGGUCAAAACUUGCUUCAGUCGCCUUCUAACGGGAUGUUUUUUUUGCCGAAGAAAGAUACAGUUUUAACAUCUCCCCACAUGAAUCCAGCUUCCAGUCACACCCCCGACACAUAAAGUGUAUCCUUGGGUAUGUGGAUGUGUCAUCCUCACAUUAUAACACAUUCUCCACAUGCCUGUCUGACACCAGGGUCGGGUAAAUCUAUUUGCAGCCUUCCAACCACAUUUAGUUUCACACUUUCUUCCACAGUUUGGUCUCGUCCUGGCGCUGCCGGCGCCCAAAUGGGGGGAAAAACCUAUUUGUUAGAACAAACAGAAGGUCAAAUACAUUAACGAAGGUGUUGGGUGUUUGUUCUCCUCUCAAAUAGUCUCCUUAUGGUGCUGCUUUCAAAUCCAGGAGCUGAUGAUUGAGUUUGCGUGUUGUGUUGCCAAGGUGAAGUGCAGUCCAGUCUGUGCCGACCGAAAAUACCGCCGCUCUGCACCUUGUAAUUUCUGUGUUUUGGAAUAAAAUAGUUUGCUCACACAGCCAAGCCUCAAACUUCAGUCAUUAUGGUCUGGCAGGAAUCUGAGCCGCACUGUAACAGCUGACUGACAGCUCACGCAGUAUUAUAAACCCUUCCUGCACCUGACUGAGUAAACACACUACUGUCAACACCCUCUGUCUGAAUUUAACUUCACAUUUAGCGAAAUAAAAACUGUUUGUGUCAGCUUUGUCAAUUCUCUCAGAGAUGCAGCGUGCAUCUACAGAUUUUAAUAAGUGUCACACACACACAGCUCCUUGUUAAAGUAGUUUCUUCUCGACAGCUUUGACUCACGUCUUCAUCCAAACUGCUCCCCAUAGUUCAGUGAUUGCUUUGCCAGCUGUCAGGCUCAGGCCAUCCUCGGCGGAUGUUUUCUGAAUUUACAAGCUGUAUGCUGAAGCAAGGACUGGAGAUACGCUGCAGCUUCCAGGCAAACUGCAACUUCCUGAGAGAAGAUUUUUAAUAAUGACUCCAUGAUACACAAACGGUUGUAAAUAAUAACUCCAAUUUUCUUACUGUGGCUGACUCUCUCAGGGCCUUUCUCUCCAUAUAUAUGUAUAUAUACAGCGUGUUUAUAGUUCCGAAUGGAAACCCAGUACUUAAGGUUUAUUUGUCCCUCUCCUAUAUCACGCCUCAAUGGGAAACGGUUAUUAAAAAAGCUCGGACAGAGAUCCAAACGCCCAAAAGUAAACAAGCUACUUUUUCUUGAUGCAGACGGGGGCGUGUUAUACACCGAACUUUAUCUUUAGAGCAGAGAAAAAAACAAAAAUAAGCUCUUAUUUCUCAAAAAGGUUGUCAUUUUAUCCAACUUUUAACACUUUAAUAUUUUGAUUAUUUCCAAAAUCAUGAUAUUAGGAUGUGACUCAAUGAGACUCACUGUUAAACCUGACACCUGUGCAACACCUCUCCUUUCUCUGCCUGUUGUUGCCUGACUGUUUGCACCAAAUAUGUUAUCUCUGUGAAUCUCUGGCAAACCCAAACAGCAGGUUCAGACACUGUGAGAUUUCUUAUGUCACAAAUCCAAGCUCCGCCCCCAGAGCCUCACUCUAUUAGAGAAAUAGAGAGGACGAUCACAGAACAAGCAUGUGCGUCAGCGGACUGCAAUACUCUUAAGAAAGCUAUUUAGCUAAUGAUCUUAACUUUCAUCAUGUCCCUUAAGACAUUAGUGUCCAAGAGCUGAAUAACUUCUAUGUUACCUGCUACUUCUACUUCACUGACAAUGUUAGGCUACAAGCUAGCGUGAAGAGGAGUGUGCAGAGCAGAGCUGUCUCUGCCCACGACUCAGAGGUGAAUUGUUAAUAAGCUGCUGGAGCUCUGCAGAAGAAAAACCCUUGAACAUGACAAAGGUAACACGAUUUUGGCUAAAAACUUCAUAAUCACAAUUUAAAGACCACUGAGAACACUUUAAAAAAUGAGUGGGACUUUAAGAACUUAAUCGAGCAGCAUUUUUUCUUAUUUUCUAUCAGGUCAGGAUUAAAAAUGUGUGAUUAGGCGUUGCAGCCAUUCAGGGUGGGCUUCUGAGUUUGCAGCAAUGUCAACCAAAUGCCUACAGGUGUUGUGCAUAACAGUGGAGUAUACAGGUGUUUGCCUGUUCUCUGCACUAUCUCUGCAUACCAGCAACAUCAGCGGCCUUUGUGCAGGACUGCUGCCUGUGUGGGGUCACUCCUGACCGACACUCAAUCACGUUGACAUGCUUAUCUUAUUUUUGGGUUUAAGAACAAGAAUGCGGAAAACUGAACGAAGAAUAGUUGAAAUUUUCAUCCCUAGUUUGUACCAUUGCAACAUGAAGAUACAGCAGUCCUAACUUAAUUUUUUAGCAUCAGCAGCUGCUUCACUCAAUGAUCUUAGCUCUUAAUGAUGAUGUUCCUCUGAAGCAGGAAACUGUUGCUCUCAGGCUGUAUUUUUUAGAUGUGAUUUGGCUUGUCAUGUGUCGACAUAGAGCUGCAUUAAUGAGACGCUGCCUCUGUUAAAUGGGCUGCUUCACAAUGCUUGGCACGCCACAUUUCUCCAGACAUUGGCUUCUCCUUACUGUCAAUACAUGUUUAAGUGAAUCUGUUUGUAGGCUCUGUUUAAAGGAAAUGAGCACGAAACAGUUCAAUCCUGAUUGUUUAGUUUCCAUAAAGCCGAAAAGUAAAACAAGAAAUUAAAAUUCGAUGAAUCGCCCAGCUCUGUCCUGAGGUCAGAGGUCAGUCACCAGCAGAAUGUAUGGUCCACCUGUUGUUCAGUGGGUCUCUAUCCACUUUAAUUGCUCUGGCUGCCUCGCUGUGCUCAGAUUAUGUGUGAACUGGUCUGUAUGUUUGUUUUCUAUACUGGGUAAGGAAGUGUGGGAUUUAUCUGAUCCCUCAAAGCAAAGACAGAGCGUGGAGACGCUGGGAGAGCGGAGACGCUGGGAGAGCCUCGCGGAGCGCUGCCUGCCUGGUUGGCCUUGCCAUAUGGUGCUGGUGAAGGAGCCAGCGCCCGGGGAGGAAGCAGCGUAUGGUGGCAGGAAAUACACAGACACAGCAGAGUGGGCAAAAACAAGACAGUAGAGGAAUGCGAGUCUCUGAGCCGCAAAGCCAAAACAAAAGAUGCGAGACGAGGACCUGGAGUACGAAGGAGACAAAUGAAUGAGAGGAUGAGAAUGAAAAGGGUCAAACAUGACCUUCAGAGUAAAUUAGGAGGUGCGUGGUGAUUCAUUUGCUCCCAGCACAGCCAUGAAGACUAAUGUCUUUCAAUACAUCACUCUGCAUCUUUCCCCCCCUACGUCCUGUCCCAUUUAACACCCGAACAAAAGAGCUCUGAUAAAAAUCUGUUUCCCCCUAAAGUGCCACAAGCUUCUCUUUGAAUUCAUUCAACGUUACCAUCUCAUCAGUGACACUGCCGGUCAGGCCCGCUGCCGUUUGACAUUUCGAAGGCAUUUCUGCUCUGUUCUCUGUUACACUCCCGCAAGAAAGAAAUGAUUGUGGAGCUUUGAGAGGAUGGAUGAGGGACUAAAAGCCCGAGGAGAAAGCAGCCCGGGGAAUCUCUUAGCAGCCCUGAAUGGGUGGCUGAGUAGGUGGGGGUUUCUCUUCUCUAUUUUGUGUGACCUUUUCAGUACGACUCGGAGGAUUUCGGUGCCAUCUGUGCCCUCCGGGUUCCUCUAAUCCCAUUGCUGCUACACUCAGCAGUAAUGGCUACCUUAAACCUUUGCAACAUGCCUCUGAUCUUACUCACACUCUCACAGGAACACACUCCUUCCUUUGUGUCUCCACUGGAGCGCAUCCCAUAUAUCUCCCUUUGCAUUUUUUACUUCUAGAAUUGGAGCCAUUGUCCUCUGGAGUGAUUAAUCGUUAACGCUUACAGUCGGCGUUUCUCUGGAUAUGUGAUUUGUUAGAUUUGUAAGAAGUCGUACGCUGUGUCCUCUCUAAUGAGUACAGUUAGAUAUGCACAUAUUGGUGCAUAUCUAAUUGGCUUUAGACGAAACCAUUUAAAGACGUUUCUUCUGACCUGUAUCACAAAUGCAUUCAUUGUUGCUGCUGUAUCACUCUCACUCUCUCUCUCUCUUUUUCUCUCCAUCCUGAUAAAACCAUUCAGCCGGCACUGCUCCUCUUUUAUUUUUCUCUCUUCUUAACCCUGUCGGACCAACUUUGAAGUACUCCCUCCUCUUAAAAUGGGAAAGUGGAGCCUGGGUGUGUUUGUUGACUCACUUGUGCUGUCAUGUUCCUGUUUCCAGUAUGUGCCGCCAUGCAUGGAGCCUAAAAAAGAAUCCUCUAAAACUGAAUGUUCUGUCUUCACGCUGAGGAGAAGCUUUCUUAUGCUUUGGCUCAAAAGGAGGACAAAAGAAAAUCACAAUGAAGCGCAGAUUUAUGAAUUAAUUCUCCGGUUUUCUCUCUGCGAUUUUCAAAGUCAGCGUUGUUCUUGGUGUUACUGAUUUGCUCUUGGCAUUUGCUGUCUCUUGCAACUUAAUUUCACCUCUUUUUUUAUAACAACCAGAGAUCGCUCUGUGCGUCUGAAAGGGCUCAGCAGUUUGUUUCCUUUGACACUUGCCUCGGCAGCUUAGGUUUCUUCUGCUUUUCUAUUCAUGACUGUUCACCCCUUUUUCCUCUUCUCUGCACUGUACUCCCCUGUGUGGGGAAACCCAGCUCUCAUGCCCUGACUGUGUUUUUCCCCUCCUCUUGGUGAGUGAGAUACAGUGGAUGAUCAAAGUCUUUCCCCCCUCCUCAUUGUAAUGGAAGAAAACAGAAAGGAGCUUCAGGAUAUGGCACAGAUCUCUCUCUGGGAUCGACUCUGUGGACUGCCAGAACAGCUCUUUGUGUUCUUCCCUUUUGUUUAGUCAUGAUAAUUAGACUUAACUGGGAACACCUUUAAAAAUUGGUGCAGACAAAAGAUCUUUCCACAACAAGAGACAACUUGAAGCGAGAGAGCGCCUCACAGAUCGUGAUAUGAAACCCCCUGGGAGUGUUUUUCCUCUCCUAUGAUGAAAUCCUUCACUGUGGAAGGAGGAGGUGAGGAUGGAGAGACUCGGAUUUGAAUGGUAACAGCUGGAUGGAGGAAACUACGGUGGCCCUGAGGUGCAAAACACAACGACGACUCAGAAAACACAACGCAAAAUGAGAAACACAACACAAAAAGAGAAAACACAACGGCAAAUCAGAAAACACAAAAAGAAAAAAACACAACACGAAAAGAGAAAACAUGACGGCAAAUCAGAAAACACAACACAAAAAGAGAAAACAACACAAAAAGAGAAAACACAAUGGUUAAUGUCAUUGUGUUUUCUCUUAUUUUGUGUUUUCUCUUUUUGUUGUUUUCUCUGUUUGUUUUUGUGUUUCCUCUUGUGUUCUCUGUUCUCUUGUCAUUGUAUCUUCUCUUUUAUCGUUGUGUUUUCUCUUUUUGUGUUGUGUUUUCUUUUGCUGUUUUGUGUACUUUUUUUCUUCGUUGUUUUCUUUGUGAUGUGUUUUCUCUUUUUGUUUUUGUGUUUUCUCUUGUUGUGUUUUCUCUCUUUGCCGUUGCGUGUUCUCUUAUUGUCGUUGUCUUUUCCCUUAUUGUGUUUUCUCUUUUUGUGUUGUUUCCUCUUUGCCGUUUGUUUUUUUGUGUGUGUGUUGUGUUUUCUGAUUUGCUGUUGUUUUCCCUAUUUGUUGUUGUGUUUACUCUUGUUGUUUUGUAUUUUCUCUCUUUUUUUGUUUUCUCUUUUGCUAUUGUGUUUCCUCUUGUUGUGUUGUGUUUUGUGAUUUGCUGUUGUGUUUUGCACCUCAGGGCCACCUUAACAAACGUACCCCUGAGAGUCCAGCAGUGAGAGGAGACUAAAACUGAACUGUGUUGGGCCGUACGCCAUAUUUCCUCCUCGGCUGUGAUUUAUUACGGUGACGUUUCAUGCAGGACAGCUUUUUUUGGUGUUUUUCAUUAAAUGUGUAAGCGCUUCCCCGGGGAAUGAUUCAUCGAUAGUUUGCCAGGAUGCAACCAAAGCUCGCCUCUUUAACGUAUGAACCAUCCAAGCAGCCGGAAGAGUUUCCUACCAGGUAUCCCCCCCUCUCCCUCUCUUUCCAUAUCGUCCAUUCAUUCAUCUCUACAUUGAUUUUAAUGGUUGUAGAGAUGGGUUUGUGGGGGUGGGGGGGCGCAACUUUUGAGGGAUGGAUGGUCUGCAGGCUACAAAGUCUGCUCUCAUUUAUAUUUUUUAUAGCCCACAAGGAGAAACAGUAUAUUAUAACACAGCACAACAACACUCCCUCCCUCCUUCCCUCCCUCCCUCCUGGGUGAUGGAUUGUGGGUGAUUGCCUUUGGGGACAAUCAAGCUAAAAGUCACAUUUUCCUCAGACACAUCUUUGCAUGCUGGCGAGAAAACAGAGAGAUCCCAACACCGACCCCUCACACCCCCCGUGAUCAUCAGAUCAGUUGCAGCGGAAGGACAUGCUAACCUUCAGGUUUUAGGGGGGGAGGGGCGGGACUCACCCGGCCAGCGCGCUGAACUCCACCUCUUCUCCAUCUCCAGUUCCCAUGUUCCCAGACAGCAGCAAUUGUGUCUUAAUGAAUUCACUGAAUACUAAUCAGGGAGCCUAAGUCCAGGGGGUGGGGCAGGGCUUGACACUGACAAGGUCCUGGAAGAAUGUGCGGAGGAAUUUCCCCACCAUCACCCACCGCCACUGUCAUUACAUUCCUUCUGAUUGAAGAAACAGCUAAAUGAAAUUGGGUUGAGUCUGAUUUGUAGCUCACGCUGCUGUCCUCCCUCAUUCGUCAGUUAUUGCACUUGUUUGUCUCAUUAUAGACUUGUUAUAUUUCUGUUUUGAUUCAGCGUCUGUCCUGGGGAUACCCUGUGAUUGUUUCACCCUCGCUGACUCUGAAUCGCUCCAAUCCAGCGUGCGUAUAUUUCACAGCCCAGACCCUGUUUAUAUAAAUCUUUCAGCACCACUGGCCAGAGGUUAUAUCCUCUAACAUUAAUCAAGACUCAACAGACUCCUAAUCUUUUAUCCGAGUCCUGUUAGCCUACGGACAAACUCUUUAUGGCUCAAUCAAUCAGACUGACUAGCUCUGAAAUGUCCACUGGUACAUUCUCGGCCGCCUUUGGCAGCGUUUGCAGUCGGUGUGAGGCUGCCAUAACACAGCUACAGUAAUCAACAUCAAGGAGAAAGAUCCAGCCCUGGAAAUAAAAGUUUACGCAUGCAUUUAGCUCUGAUCCUGCUGAGAAACGUCCUUCACAGGGUCUAAGGUCGUGUUCGCACCGAAAGGUCCGUUUUCUGAUACAAACCAAAGCGAGGAUGAUUCAUUAGCAGCGUUUACAUGGGCACAAACAAUCGGAAUAAAUGCCUGAUUAGAAUAAAGAUGCGUCAUGUAAACGUGUCAAUUUUGAUCCAAUUCAGCUCAAUCGGAUAGAAAUUGUAUUCCGAUCGAGAGGGGUGGUUUAUGCCGAUUGUUAUUCCGUGUCCAUGUAAACACUUAUUCCGAUCGUGACUCUCUAACCUGACUCGGUCUUCACUCUUUAGCCUUUGGUUUAUUUAUCAAUGCCAGUUCAGGAGGUUUCAUUAUUAACACUGACAUAAAACACAUCCGCUACUGCCGUGUCUUCUCCUCCGAUAACAUAACAAGGCGUACACACAGCGUAAUAAUGUCACAUCUGCACGCACAGCGCAACCUUUGACAGAACAGUAAAAUAAGUUCUCAAGGAGGCCAUCUCGUGAUAAUAGUUAACUGGGGCAAAAAUUCCUGGAUUAAAUGGAGUAAGCCACUGCCGCUUUGAUUGGUUUGUUGACCGCAUAGGUGUAAAUACAUCUCUUCUUCUUCUGCGGUUGUUUUAGUGAAAUCAGACAACUCUGCGCAUGUCCAAAUGCUACUAAUCUGAAUAAAGUUUGGAGAAUGAAUACAUGAUCCGAUAAUUUGAUUUUGCACCCAUAUAACAGUGGAUUCAGAACAUCCGAACCCUCAUUCGCAUUCACAAAGGCCAAACUCAAACGGUCUAAAAAUUGGCACAUGGCAGCAAAAGCCGUUCGGUGAUUGCUUUUACUGUUAAGGCGGGCAGAUGACAAAUCCCUCGCUAUUUUUACUGUACAUUAUGGAGCAUCGUCUGCUCAUUUUUUUGUUGGUGCUGAUUUGGACUGCAUAUGAGCAGACUUUAACGGACCGCGCCUAUGGAUGGUUCGGAAGACUGCAGCAAUUAAAUAAUGCACGUUGCAGGAGAUGCUCUGCAAUCACAGAAGACAACGGGCAAUAAUAAUAGGGUGACCAUACAUCCUCUUUUACUUGGACAUGUCCUCUGUUUUGGGGGCUGUCUGGCUGGUCUGGGGAAGUUUAUAAAAUCCUCUAAAUGCCUGCGGUUUUGUACAUAAGUUUUGAUAUUUGUGUCACGUGGACUUACUGAGUUAGAAGUGGGUAAAAGACACUCGAUCCGACCUAAAAAACUCUCAAAAUUAAAAAAUUAACUUUGUGUGACUCCAUGACUCUACCCCCGCGUAGUCAUGUCCUCUUUUUAGAAUAUGAAGUCAGAAUAUGUUCACAGUAAAUAGUGAGCCCACCUCAAUAUUUUUUCGAGGUACGCUUUCUGUGAUUGGUGCGGAUGGGGUUCACAACACUCCAGAGUUCACUUGAUAGCGGUCCGAGACCAACCCCUACCAGACAGACCCAAAGCGGUUGACUGAUCCGCACCAGAGUUCGAGGCCAGCGUUCACACCAACCAAAACGAACCGCACCAAGGAGGUAAACGCUCCAGGGUUCAGUGUGAACACGGCCGCAGAGACACACUGAUUCGAUCAAAAUGUGAACAUGAAUGGGACUCUUUGUGGACGUGUGACAGAAGCGAGCCUCCCUGCUUCAGCCUUUAAUGAUCCAAAGUUAAUUUUUUAAGUUUUAUCCAACAAAGAAGAUCUCUGAUCAUGGACGCUGCCGCAGACUGAAGUUUUAUCUCUCAUUUUAAGCCCAUGAAGAGAGUCGAUCAUGUUCAUGAAUACUGAUUGAACUUUUAUAAAGCUCUAUUUGCACGGAACUAAUAUAUCCUGAGGUUGGAAAGUGAUUUGUAUAAUUGAAGGAGAUCACUGAAGAUUUUAAUCCUGAUGUGAGGCUGUCAUGGUUAUAAUUUCAGCGAGAUUCCGGUGCAAAUUACCUGCCACAGCUUGGAGGAGUCAGAGGUUGCUCGAUAAUACUCACUAAUCCCGUGCAAAUUGAAUUUGUUUUUUGGCAUCCAGCGGCGUCACACUCUUUGUAUCCGCGAGUUUUUUCCUCUUUGAUAUAAAAGCUGCAGGAAAAUCGCAGAGGUAACUGUAGGGAGAGGUUGUGAACUCGCUCGGGAGGCAAUCUGAAGUUAAGCUUUGUGAAGUGACAAACUACGAGCGUUUCACUUGAUUUGUAAACAGCACUCUGAAUGUAAUUUUCUAUUCCUAAUGUUUGUCAGAAACAAAAGCAGAAAAUGAUUUAUUAUUACAUGAGGUCUGCACACCGAGCCAUUAGUCUUCUCUAAAUUGAGCAAAAGGCAGUGAAAGUGGCAUUUCGCUCCGCACACACCGAACCACUGGUGCAUAAAAAGCUUUGUUCCCACAUCUUGAUGGCUCUGCUUUUUUUCCUCACUGGUUUUCUCUCGUUGAAACAUCUCAGAGGACUCACUCGGGCUACUAUUGAUUUCCAUUCGUCCUUGCUCCAGUGCCAUAAUCUGUGGAUUCAUGCCAUCCCCUGACUCUUCUGACAUAAAGGCCUGCAGCCUGAUUGAAGCCAUAUGUUUGUGGAGGCAUGAGUGUAAUAGAGGUGUUAAGUCUGUGUUAUUAUCUGAAGGCCAGUAAAAGAGCUCACCGUCCCGAUUUAAGGUUCCACAUGUAGCUGAAUAAUCGCUCCAUUGUUAUUCUGCAUUCCUUUAGGUUUUAUUACUUUUAAAUAAAAAUAAAUUCAAGCCACAGAUUCAUUUGAGAUAAUUACGGCUGUUUUCUGUAUUCUUCAUAAUUACCCAUAUAAACGGCUUCGUUUUCAGCCCACCUGCCAACGUGCAACCCUUUUGGGUUUUAAUUUGCGUGGGUUCACACUCAUCCUGCUGCUUUUAUUUCCUCGCCUUAAAUGUUUUUGAUUAACUCUGCCUCUGGGCUUAGCUGACAAAAAAAAAAAAAACUGUUUACCAUGAUGGAGAUUUAAUGAGCGUGCCAGUCAAUGCUCGAACCCAGUCAUCAAAUUUAGCCCGAGCUUGAACCAAGAUGCAAAAAUAAUCAGAGGUUUGGAGGGGGAAAGCCCACGGGCGCUCCACGUCUUUUCCACCUACAUUUUACAGCAACAACCGACAUUUUUAACACCAAACUGAAAUAAACAAGAGUCACCGCUCAUGUCUGCUUUUCCUCGCAGUCAGCAGCUUCGCUUUAUUCUCGACGUGAUUUUAUUACCCGUGGCUUCAAAUGACUCCCUAACAGCAUUGUUAAGGAGACAAGACUUCACCAGGAGGCUGCAGUUUCCCCGCUCGUACAUUUAUCCCAACAUAAUAACAUCAACAUCUAUUUACCGCAGCGCUGUCAGAAAUGGCACAGUGAUAUGGAAGAAUACGAGAAAAAAAUGGUAAAUCUCCGAAAAUGAAAUUGGUGGCCUUUUUCUUGACAUCUGUUUGGUUUCAAUCUGAGGAAUCAUCGGGGCAGAAAUGGCUUUUCAUCCUUGAGCGGACAGGAUAAACCAGAUAUGAUGUGAUUAUGUGGGAUUACAAUACCAAUUUAAUAUCAUACAAAAUGUCAAGAGAACACACACACACACACACACACAGAUUCCUGCACACAACCCGAUCUCUGCCUCUUUGUUGUGUUGCCCUUUUGUAUUGCUUGCAGAUUAUUUGACAUGUUAUAUAAUGUGUUCUCAAUUCACCUUUUCUCCUCCUUCUCAAGGGCUUUAAAAUGUCACCAAAACAGCAAGUGAUGAAAGAGAAACAACCUGAGCGUCAUCCCAUAACCUUUAUCUUAGUCUGACACAAAAGUGAACGAAGAAGAAGAAAGUUUAUAAAGGUAACUUUAGCGAGAGCUGACAUUUUUAAAAAUACCUGGAAUGUGACAGCUUAUGAACUCAGAGGUGUCAACUUCCCUUUUUUUUUUUCAUAUGAAACAAUAGUGCAGAAAAAAAAUAACAAGCAGAAGUUUGGAAAACGCUCUGAUCCUCUUUCUCGCGAAGAGAUAGAUGAGAAGAUUCGCACGCCGCCAUCGGCAAGUUAACACAGUUCACCAGGAUCUGCAAACUAUUUAGAUAAUUAAAGAAACACAGUCUCUCUAAUCAGACUUCACUUUUCAAAGUUUUUUUGCAAACUUGCUGUUGAUCAUAACUUUAAAUUAACGGGGAAAAAAGAGAGCUAUAUUUUUUUUUUGCAAACUAUUCCUCUAAAGCAGUGGCUCCGGAAUCACAAAUUUCUUUAUGUGAAUCUAUUUUCGACUCUUUCGAAGCCUGCAGACCUGAUCAGCUGAUUGGUGGAGGAGUAGUAAUUAGGCUCUCUAACAGUAUAAUGACCAUAUUCUGAAUCCCCAGAAAGAGGACAGUACUACACGUGGAUUUUGAGGAUUUUUCAGGUCAGGUCAGGUCAGGUCAAGUGUUUUUUACAUGCUUCUAACUCAGUUACUGUCUCCGCACAUCAAGCGCGGGUAAAAUCAUUUGCGUGAAUGAAUUACAUGUUAAGUCAAUGCAAAGACGGGGAUUAGAAGCUCCUACUUCUCUUGCAGUGCGAAUUGGGUGUGAGCUGAAAAUGUCUCAACUUGUGUGGAUAUUCGCGUCGCUAUAACUAAUCGUCACAAAGGUUGUGGGGUGAUGUAUGAAAACAGACGGUUCUUGACUGGUGUCGAAAAUGAAGGACAAACUGAUCGUGUUGGUGUGUGGGUGCCCCGAAUUAUAUGAUACCUUUACUCUCGAUUACCGAAACCGGAAUAAAAAGGAGCUUGGCUGGAGGCAAGUGAGUGAGGAAGUCCGAUUACCUGGUAAAUUGUAAAAAACUUUUGUCUAUCACUUGAUCCCGCUGGUUGAAUUGGCGGGGAUUACAGUUGAAAUUACCGUUCACGCGCAAAUGAAGCGAGAAAAUACUGAACAUUCGCACAUCUAGAUUCAUGCAGAUUAAGCAAGUAGAUGAUUUUACUCACGUUAUCUAAUGGCAAAGUAAAACCCUGAACCAUUUUCAGGUAGAGCGACUGUUUCCGUCUUCCUGGAAUGAGCUAAACUCGGUUGUAGAGCUAACCCUGUCUGAGCCAAAUUGAUUGGGAUCUCCUGCGGCUAAUGGGAUUCAGGACCUCAUACAACCCUACUUUAAACAACCAGCCCUUUAAGAAAAUUAUUCAUGUCAAAUCUCAACUUUAAUCCUUUUGAGAUGGUGGAGGAAGAUGAAUCUCUUAAAAAUGGUCAAACCUGCUGCAUUAGCGUUACGUUUCUGCUUUAGAUGCAUGUGUUCUGUAGCGUUGUAAAACUCUUCAGCCGUUUCCGGCCUCUCGAAUGAGCCUCUGGUCCCGCUGAGAUUUCCACUCUCACUGAAUGGUUUUCACAUUACACCCACACAAUGGAGAGCUGGGAGCUAAAGUGACCUGUUAAAACGGGGAGUUUCUGGGUUUUCAGAGAGUAAGGUAAGGCUGCUUUAACUCAGUCCUCGGGGGGUGGAAACUUGGCCUGGUUUGUGUCCCAGAAGGCAGCAGCGUGAAUGCAUCGGGCCUACUUUUUUUUUCUAAAAAACAUGCAACUGAGUACUUUGUACAUUACAAGAGUUGUUUUUUUGACUCGAUCCCUGAAGCGAUGCAUUGUGUUUUAAAAAAAGAAGCUCUUUGUGUUUGUGGUGUGGAGCCGCUCACUCACAUGAUGAGCCCUAGUACUGUCAGAGAGGCAUUUUGAUGUCUGCUGGAGUCUGUGUGGAGGAUGUUAAAACAUUCAUGGCAUAUUUGGAUGCUAUUAACAUGAAUUUUAGGGCUCAGAGUUCAGCGCCUUUGAUUUCCUCUUUGUUUUUUUUUUAAGAGAAACCGAAGCAGAGACCAGCGGCUGAAGGUAGACACUCACUUUUGGACACGUGGCCUGAUGUCAUGCUUCUCUGUCAGCGGGAAGAGGCGGCUGCUCAACACAUCAGACGUGACCCAGUUAGGGAGCUUCACUUGUAGGACCUAUAAAGUGGAUCCUCCCCUCAGGAGGAUUUGUUGUUCUCCUCUCACACAGUCGACCCUCUCACCCUGAGGUUCAAGUCUAGCCUCCUGGUAAUUCAAAUAAAAGUUUCUUAGCAAAGGUUAUGAUCCAGUUUAGCUUUUUUCCUUUGCCAUCAACUAAACGGAUCAUAAUAAACAGUCAUUAACAUACAGCCUGGGCAAGUAUCGUAAAAGCUAAUCCUCCUCACACUCGGCGGCAGAAACUAAUUGUUCCUACUUUGCUUCAUGCUUCAAAUUCCAACACUGGAGUGACUUAAUGAACAAAAGAAAGGUACCAUUGUGAAGAUGAGGAAUUUCUCCUGGAUGCUGCAGAAUUCGUUCCUUUGUUGUAUUUCGUUUGACUCUUAUUUGACGUCUCCGCUGGAAGGAGGAGGAAGAAUGUCCAAUUUGCAAUCUGAGAUCAGAGGAGACGUGGUGGAGGUCGCAGAGAGGCGUGGGUUUGUAGCUGGAAAGAGUGAGGCAUGCGGAGAAAUCUCUGAGCCCUCUUGUGAAAAGCUCAUUCUCCUCACGCAUCCAGAAGAUGUUUUUAUCUUUUUGGAAGUUAUUUGCUUCGUGUUCGGCACACUCCGUUUCAUCUUUAUGCACUCCGUAAACCCAACGCCUCUUUUUUUUCUGCUUUAUGGGUAUCCAGUGUUUAAUGGAGCAGAGACUCAUUUUGCCCUGGUAAUUGGUCUGUUUGUUAAUUACCGGUCGUAGUUGGAAACUGUGUGACAAAUGAAUGGUGUGAUUAGAUAAGACCGGCGCUUUACAGAACGCCUGUAGAAAAAGCUCUGAAACUGAUCAAUACAACACAAGCUGGUGUUUCUGCCCUGGGCGUGUGAGGGGUGACUGAUGGGUGGACAUCAGAGGAAUGAGGCUGUGUUACAGGAGAGUGGCACAAGCUAACAAAUCAGCUCUCACACGACAUCGCUUCGGGCUUGUUUUGGCCUGUUUCAGAGAAAUACGCAUCAAAACUGACAGUGUCGCGUUUAAAGGGAUCUCACUUUUGAUGGUUUUCAAACUUUUAUGUAAUAUUCAGCAUACGCACUAGAUGUGGAACAUGAACGCAACAAGACAUGUUUAUGAUCAUAGGGAGAUGUGGUAGGAGGGCGGUUCAGUGUUCAGGUUUUUUUCUAGUAUCUUAUUCAGUCAUCAUACGGUAGUUUUCACUGUUUUUACAAACUGUCAUUUAAUUUGGGACCUUUUCGCCCCUCUUACACCUUGACUUAGAUGUAUAAUAGUGAACAGUGUGUGUGUUAGGGCUGCAUGAUUUUGGCCAAAAAUAAAAUCCUUAUGUCUUUCUCUGAAAACACGAUUUUUGAUUUCGAUUUUUUAUUCCAUGACAUCUUCACCAAACUUCACUUCAAUAACUAUUUCUAUCGUCUCUCAAAACAAAACCACUGAAAACGAUGUAGUGCAUAUGCCAAGCCAGUAAGUGGCGCUGUAACGCUGCACAGGAAAUACACAAAAGACAGAAGAAGAGUACAGAGCAUGUGUAAAAAGGUAGUUUUGGGCUGACACGAGCAGGCGCCAUAAAAGAGUUACACUGUGUGUCACAUGAUCGUUUCCAGAGAUGUAGAGAGACAUCCACACGGAGAUGAAAUGGUCGUCGUUUACAGAUUUAUACGCUCUCUGACCCGUUUUCAAAAAGUGUGGAUGAAACGGCAAUACGACAAAAACUUAAGUGUUUACUCCUGAAUUCAUUUCCAUAUGGACGGGUUGAUACCGCCUUCAGACAGACUUUGCAGCAGGGAGUGGUUUGCUCUUCAUCUAAAACUGCGAAGUCGUACCAAUUCAACACGACCGACUUGCUCUCGAGCUUUUUAGCCACAAACUUAUCGCCUUCUUUUGCAAACGCCAUGUUCGUUUACACUGGUGUGUUUGUGGGAACUGGGGAGCGCUCCGGCAGGAAGGGGGAGCCUACGGUAGCCUGAAGGCGCGAAAAUCGAUUUGACGAUUUUAAUUUUUUUUACACGGUCAUAAUCAAAUAAUCAGAUUAUGAUUGAAAUCAUGCACCCCUACUCUGGUAGUGAUCGUUAGAAACAGACGGAAGAGUCGACAGCAUGCUGUUUUUAAAGGUGGAAUGGUCAGUAGGGGGAGCUCUGAAUCAUUUGGAUUUGCAGUCAGAGAACACUUAUGACAUCCACUUUAAUAUGCAGUCUGUGAUGAGGGAUUUCAAGGUUACAUGUGUGAAAAUAUCUGCUGAUUAGUCCUACAAGUCAAGAUAAUUACAGCAAAUAAGGCAAACAUGCACAAAAGACAUGACAAAACAGCCUGUUUGCAUUUCAGCAGGAAAAAAAAAUGCAGACCCCACGACCGAACAACGAGGCUUGUCAAGUUAUCUGAUGGUGUUUCGCAGCAGUUUGACCUUUUCUUGUGCAGGCGGUGUACAAAUACCAGAGAGGAGAGGCAGAGACACAUCACAGAGAGAGAGAGAGCGUCCACACACUCUGGAUGAAGAGUCUGAGUCUGAUGAAGAGCUUGUUUGUCACACGGCUCUGCUCCCACUGCCCUGGACACUAAUACAGUUUUCUGUGUUUGAUAUGCAAGUUGUAAAGCAAACAGAGGAACAUGAAAUGGCAUCAGCGCAAGACUUUGGAGCGAAACAUCUUCUGUUUAGUUUGGCAUCACACAGUGGGAUAUAUAAAUAAUACAAACCGUUGUAUUGUUCAACCAGAAAAACCUCUUCUUCUUCUUCUGGUGCACGCCUCUUGUUGCUGUGCAGAAACCCACCCUUACAGGAGUUUAGAUAGUUAAUUUGGUCAAAAUCAGACUGCUUUAAUUAGCAAGCAUUCCCUGGAUUUCUAAUAAAACAACAAAUGCACACUUGGCUUAAAUCUUUUGAAACACCAGUCUUUGGCAGCGGCAUCAAACUUCAGAUGUUCUUUGCAUCUUCUUCAUCCCUCACAGCUCCGAAGUCAUGCCAGCAUUUCAGCCGCAGAUUCUCCAGAUCUUUUUUUCUCGCUGUCUUUAAAACAGACUCGCAGGCAAAAGUUUUCACACAGGAGGGAGCUUUUGAAAACGGCCGUGUUUAUCCUCCCCGAGUCACUGACAGAGAAUCAAACGGUGUGAAAGAAAAAAAAAAAAAAAGCAGGAAUGCAACUUGUACAUGUGGAUGUGUGCUUUGUGUUAUAAGUGAUGGUGAAAACAUGCCUGAACAUGAAGGGCGGUGUUUCAGGUUUGUCGCACGGACUGAUCAGGUUCAGGUGACACUCAAAGUUCACAGGAUUAAUUUCUAUAAUAAUAACUGUAUUAGUGUUUCAUCAUGUUUCCCAUUAAGGGUGUGAAAUGUUAAUUAAAACACCCGUUAACGCCAUCUUUGACAUGAGAAUAGGUCUCAUUAUCACCUCCGCCAAGGAGGUUAUGUUUUCGGUAGCGUUGGUUUGUUUGUUUGUUUGUCUAUUAGCAACUUUACGGAGAAAGUUACUGACGGAUUGACCUGAAAUUUUCACCAGAGGUGCGUCUCAGCCCCAGGAGGAUCCCAUUAAAUUUUGGUGGUGAUCCAGACAAAAUUCUGGAUACUGUGAUCCAGAACCCACAAAACUAAGGGUGUCGUUGGAAUUUUCAAUGCUGAAAGAUAACCAAUGGGCGGCAGAGUGGUGUAGAUAGGCGGCACAGUGGUGUAGUGGUUAGCCUCCUUUUUUAAGCGCCCGUUAUUCCGCCAGUCUCUGGUAUUUUCUUUGUUUUCUUGCUUGUGUUGGCAGUCGUGGCCAAAGGAGGAUUCAGACAAUUUUCCGUACUUUCUGGUUGGUUUCUACUGUCCGAUAUGGAAGCACGCUAACUUUGUUUGGGCUCGUGAACAUUAUUCGAGGAUGUGGAGCGUGCCUCACAACCAAUCAGGAGUUGGAGAGUGCCUUUGUUUACAGUCAGAAAGAGCAGGCCGCACUAACAUUUUAAAAUGUUGACUACACAGGCGUAAGAGAACACGGCGAUAUUGUGAUAUUCCCAAAUGUCAUCAAUAACUAAUAGCUAUUGUCUGAUAUUAAAAGCUUUUUUGUAUAAACACCACUAAAAAAGAUGCUUCUUUAACAGAUUUCUGCCUCCCCUGACUUUAACUUUUAUUUUCAGCUUUAGGAACUGCUUCUUCUGCAGAAAACGGUAACUAAAAGCUGGUACAGACAGUUUCAGAGGAAGCAGUUUGAGUCAUCUAAACUCUGCGUGACGCACGAUAAGUUCAUGACACGAGCUCAGCACAUCACUGUCAUCUUUAACCGUAUCCGGAUACUUUUCACAGCCAGUGUUGUACAACAAGCUCACUCUCUCUAACAGUCAGUGUGUGCAGGCUGGUAUGAGUUAUCCAGUCACUCCAUCCUGUUUGAUUAACGUGAUUGGAUGGGCUCCUUAAAGGGACGAGACAGCCUUGGAUCCCAGAUUUAUUGCUGCAUUUGAUUUACCUAUUUCUGUCUGGGCGUUCGAAGAAUCUGUAAUAAACACAAUAAAAAAGGCUGCCUAAAUAAAUUGCCUACCGUUGCUUUAAUAGAGCUCUAUAGCUGUAUUAGAUUUAACUAUAAUAAAACGUGUGAAACAGAAACUUUGGAUUACGUUCUGAGUCGCAGCUUCUGACUCCUUCUUGCAAAAGCUUUUCACACCCCUGCACUGAAAAUCACCAGAGCAAUAAUUACAGAAGGUAAAUGGAUUGAAUGGUUACAGCUGAAAAGCACGAGCGAUAAGUAGUGUUAAGAACAAGGUCGGAUUCCAGGAAAAUUUGAGGGAUAUAAUUGAAGCCAAAUAUUGAGCAUUAAAUCCCUAAAAGUGUUUCAUUUUUCACGGAGCGGGGGGAUAAGACAGCCGACGCUCUAUUUUGAAAUUUGUUUCACAGACGUAUUGGGGCGUAUCAUUAACACCGACUUUCCUCACUCUUUAAUUCCCUCUCUGUGAUUCUUUUGGGUGUUUCUGCAAAACCAUUCGAUGAGAAAUACGAUUUUCAUAUGAGGGCAUGUGAGGUGGGUUUUUAUUUUGGUGGUGCAGGCUGGCCCUCCCAGGCGUGGGGGGUGCUCUGACACGGUCUUCCCUUUUUCAGAUGAUCUUCCGAGCCCGAAAGGGAAUGUCUUACAUUAAGUGAGCCCAUUCACGCACAUCCUCGCUUCAAUUCCCCUGGCCACCAACCCUCUCUCCAGCUUAGCGGCAGCAGCCUUUUCUCCUUGUCCUCUUUGGCCUUUUGAGUGAUAACCUUGAAUGGUAUUGUCUUGGGGCACUAAGGAGGGUAAAGAAAUUUCUCGGUUCUUGACAGAGAGCAGGAAUGCUUGACAAAAGGCAUCGGCGCUCCUCAAAUCAGAGAGUGAGGGGAUAUGAAAAGGGGGGGCAGUCUUUCAUUCAGGUAAAAAGCGUUGACAGAAAAAGGAUGGGGAACAAUAGAGCAGCUCUGGUGGAAUAAAGCACCUCUCUGUGUGCUUUUUAAAGCAUCCAAAAUGCCAUUUCAAAAGUGAGCUCAACUACAAUGAUGAAAUCAGAGGCAAGGACACGCAGAGGAAAUUCCUCUAUAUUAGAGCAGAUUGUAUGGGUUGAACCCUGAUUGUAUUUGGUUUAGUCCAUUUAUCUGAACUCUUUCCCAGUUCAUAGAGCCGGCUUUCAGAGAACCCAUUAGGCCUCAGAUAGUCGCUGGGAUAUGGAGUACAUGGAGAUCAAUUGAAACUCUAUCUGUGAAUAAGUUGUCUGGCCUCUUGGUUGUUACCCUCUCCUCUUUCUCCUUUUCCUCUGCUGCCAGAAAAGACUAUCAAGCAUCAGCCUGCUGCCAUAGCAACUGAAACAGGACUCUGUGAGGGCGAAGGUUUUACAAAUAGUGUUUGGUGGCGAAAAAAAAAACAAGUACAGUAAACAAACAAACCUCCCAGCCGGCGUAUAAAGAGCAGCUCUUGACUGUCUCUUCAUCUCCCAGAAAGCUGAGGGCAUCUAAAAGUUUGACCUGAGAGAGCUGUUGGUGCUGCCGGAGGAGAGAAAGUAGUUACUGUGGACUGUAAUAACUCUGAGGAAGGAGCACAGAGUGUCUCAGAUUUCUCACAUUUAUGACCUUUUCUUUCUGUCUGUCUAUCUGUCUGUCUCGGGUCCGCGUUGUCACGUGGUUUCCGUGUAGCAGCAGUAACAGCCUUAUGGUGACUCUCAGUCCUCUGCUCAGAGCGGUUCUGCAAUGAUUUCCUGAUGGGACCAUCUGCUCACAGAAAAAAUGGGACGCUUGUUGAGGAUGAUGAUCAUGUCUGAAAUCGAAGAGAACCUUUUUCCGGUUUUUGGAAAAUGAAAUGAAAUUCUCAGAAGAGCUUUUGUUGGAGACAAAUUGGUGUUUUCAUUUUAGAAGCAGGUUAUUUGGGCAGUUUUCUAACCCCAGGCCAGUUGGCACUAAUAACAUGGAUUUGAUGGUGGGCGCACUAUUAUGUAACAUGAUGCAUCUUUGCACUUUGUUUGUUGUUCCAGCUGUAUCAGUUAGAUUUCUAGUAACCCUUUAUUUCCCCAAAGACUAUCUGUAGACAGCGGUUGGUAAGCAUGACCAUUUCAACCGUGUUUGCAUGCAGAGAAUUCUUUGUUUCAGCUGCAGAAAAUUGCUAUUUCUGCAGGGGAUCAUUAGGAUUUAUCUUAUCUAUGAAGUCUAACAUGUGGGGGGAGAGCUUGUGAUGGUGGCGUGACUGCUAGCUUAGUGCUUUUCAAGCUAGAGGGCAGAGCACCAGAUUGAGAAAAAGAGUUUUUGAGAAUUCACGAAAUGGAAAAAGUAUUACGUAAUGAAAAAAACCGUCUUUAUGUGCAAUUUGUACGGUGGCCAACAAGAGAGAUGGAGAAACGCCAAAGUCCAAAACAAAUUGUAACAAACAGGAAAAAUACAUGCACAAUCAGACACAACUGCUAAAACAAAUCAGGACUUUCCAAUAGAAAUACUGCAGGCCUGAAGAAGUGCAGGUUUUUACUAUUUGCAGUGUGUCCUUGCUGUUGCAUUACUUUAACGUCUUUGCAUGUGUUUUUGAUUUUGCAUCAUCUGAACACAUCCACUGCAAAAAAUCUACGUUUUUUUGUCUUGGUAAGGACCAAAUAAUUUGCAGCGUCUCCCAGUGAAAAUGCAGACACGAGAGGUCAGAAGGAAGCAUCACCUCGUUUUAAAAGGUCAAAGACUGACAGGGUUCAGCUCUGUAGGGACUAACUGACGCCCACAUGCUAAAUGACUCAAUUCCCCUGACUGUGUGUGUGUGAGAUUCAGGGCGGUGUCAGCUCAGGUAACUGAGAAAGGCGAUGGAGGAUCAUCUACAACCGCACGUACGGAGAAUCAGAGCCUGAGUUACUGGCCUUCGCGAGUCCACAGAUCUAUGCGGCGUAGCAUAAACACAUCAUGUGAAAACAUUUUGCAUUCCUGUUAAUCUUUCUCUCACAUCCCAGUCAGCAGCCUCCUACCUCUGCCGCUCACUAACCCACAUACGAGUGUGGAGGAUGGGAUUUAAGGGAAUUAACUAUAGAGAGGGAAAAAAAUCAAUCAAUCAAAUAAAUAAAAGCAGAAAGAGUGACAUAGGAGGAGGCAUGAGACUGAGCUGCAUCCCAGCAGUGUGAUUUAUUUCUUUUAUCUGCACUUAUAGGGUUUUUUUUUUCAGUUUGUGUGUCAGUGGAGCCAUGGGAACAUGUCAUUGAUUUCUCCCUCUGCAGACUCUCUGAGUUUAUCCCCCCCAAAAAAACAAAAACAGGCUCUUCACCCGCAAACCUUUGAGCUUUUAUUGUGGUUACACAAUGCAACUGAGCGUAUGUCUUUGUUGUGGCGAUAAUUUCCCUCCUGUCUGCAGUCUCUCUCUCUCUCUCUGUUUUUUUUGUUUCCACAGCUUUCUCUGUCGACAUCAUGAUCUGACCUGAUGUGGAAAAUAUGCUCUGAAGUCUUUCUUCCCUCUUUCUUUCUGUCUCUCUGAGGUGCCUGCUACAGAGCGGCAGCGCUCUCUAGUUUGGAUGAUAACAAACGUGUUAAUCAAAGACUGAUUGAAGAGCCUCAUAAAUCCUGAUUUCACAAAUAGGAGUUUUAACAGCGGUAUGGAAUGGAAUAACAAUAUCUCUGGGAAACAAAGCCACACUCUGCAUGAGUGUUUUUUUUUUGUCCUGCUGCACAGAUAUUGGAUUUGAUUACAUGCCGCUGUAUCUCUCUGCAUUACACAACACUUGAAAGAGAAUAUUUGAUUUGCUUAAAUAUUAAUCAUGAAUACAUUAAAAUGCUCAGAGGCUUUACAGUCUUCUUGACUGUUACAAAUUUAAAUUAAAACACACUCCGUAACAUUAUGUAACUGAGGAUAUUCCAAGGAUUGAGAGCGUGCACCCGGGUUUCCAAAUGCGUUUUUGCACCUCUGAGAGUCGUGGCUCUUUCUGUUAGCAGCUUCUCGCACAGAGACUCACAUCAAAUGCUCCUGUGUGACUCCUGCUCAGCUUGAGGUAGUAAUUUUAGGUCUAAAGCAGAGAUUCUUCUGAGGUUCUCUUAAGGGUCUAAAGAAGAAACGGUCGAGGUUUUUCCCUACAACAAUCCCAUGAUUCCCUCUGAUCCUGAGCUGUAAUGACACAGCCCAGGUUCCAGCCUUUUUUUUAGAUCCCUUCAGUCUCAUCAACAUGCCGACAUCUCACUGAAUUGAUUUUCUACCACAGGUGCCAUCAUCAGCCGCUCUACUUUCUCCCCGAGCUGAGCCCGUGACAUUCUCUGUCCUUCUGGCUCCGACUCGCCGAAAACAAAGAUGUCUUUUUCACUUUUUCCACCCAACCUCUGAUGUUGGCUGCUUUGUGGGGCCCAUCUGCAUUAGCAUGAGGAUUAAUUUCGGCUUGUUAUCUGGCCUUGAUGUAGUUAGGCAGUCCUCGUUGGAAGGCUGGGUUUUCUGGCAUUCCCUUCCUGUGCUGCCAUCCUCACAUCCCAAAAAACUGAUAGCAGGGCAGACACGACCGAGGGGAUUAAGCUAAUGUGAUGGCAGAGCCACCUACCGGGGGGCCCCACGGGGUAAUUUCAAGAGACAGGCCUUGGCAUCCAGGGAAUAACUUGUCAAGACCUGGCUACGGGCUAAUAUUGUGGAUAUUAAUCCUUAAUGUAAUGGCCUUGACUAGAUUUUACUCUUGUCUCUGUGUGCAGCUUUAAGCGCACUCAUAAGUCUCUUUAAUCACUGACAUAAAGCAGUCCCUCAAGGAUUUUCCGGAGUUUUACAGUAAUUAUUGCGUACCAAAAAAUGCUUGUUUUUCUUGCUGUUGCCUCUGUGAGAAAUUGCCAAGCUAUUUGCAUAUGUUCCUCGUUCAUUUGCAGCUAUUUUAUGAGCUGCUGGCAGAGGAGCACUUUGUUUUGUCGCUGUAUAAAUGUGAUGAAGUGUAAAAAAAUCACAAUGUGUGUUAUCCCACAAAGGGGGUGCGAGGCUUGUUUGGAGGUAAAACCGCUGGAACGGGUCAGAGCUGUUCCCUGUCACUAUCUGCUGGAAACAGAUGAUGAGGUGAAAGUAAACCACAGAAGUGAGGACGCACACAUCAGCGGCAGCUUAUUGUCCGUUUUUACACCAAGAAUGAGAAUGAAUCCAAACAAAACCAGAGUUUAAAUUCAUCCCUCCUACCUGGAUAUGUGCAACUAUGAAAAAUCAACCCACUUUCUUUUUUUAUGCAUUUUUCUUCCUCCUCAUUAAAAGAUUCUUAAAUAAUUCAACCCCACAGAGAGCGAGCUUUGUAACAACAAUGCUGACCUUCCUUUAAAGCAGCUGAGUAAACAUCUUGUGGUUGGAGUUCGUCCACUCUGUAAAAACAGCGUCCUCUUAACCUUCGGCCGUGUUUGUGUGAUACUUUUCAGAAUCUGGUUAAUGCGAGUCCUCGGAUUGUAAAAGGUAGUCUACACCGAUUGAUAAUCCGCUCCAUAUAUACGGUUGAGUGGAGCGGAUUGGGUUUACGGAGAGGCUUGUUCGGUCUGCGCAGGCGCUCCGUAGUACGUAAGAGGCACGUAGUGACGUACGCAGAGCGCGCCCAAACGGAAACAAACAGAAAAAACUGGACGGUGGAGUGUUAAAGUGUGUUGUUUCGUGCGACUGACGAAGCGUACACUUCUUGCUGUGUAACCCGCUGGAUUACACUUUUAUUAAACUUCAACACAUAGGGUUCCUUACUCUGCUCGGUCUGGUAACUCCGGCGGUGUCACACACAAACACGUCCGUGCGGAACUCUAAAUCGGAACUAAAACAAUGGUUCCUAUUAACAAUUCCCAUUGAUAUAAUACAAUACAUCUGGAUUCAGCUGGGGCCAUGAAAACGCGGACUGAACGAUCUCUUUACUUAAAGUUCAUGUAUACAGAUGAAAUCAGAUUCCCUUAAUCCGAUUGAUUUCAAUCAGAUUGAGGAAAACUACCCAUGUAAACGGGGCCACUGACACUCUCUCUUCCUCUCUUCUUCUUCUUCACAGGGUUGCUCAUAGGAUCCGGCUGCGCGCUCUACCCUUUGGGAUGGGAUAGCGAGGAGGUACAGCAGACCUGCAACAACAGCUCAGACCAGUUUCAGCUAGGUGAGUUUAGCAUGCAGAUCCACACACACACACACACACACACACACACACACACACACACACACACACACACCUGCACAGAGACUAAAUUACACACUGACCCUUCAACCAUGACCGAGCAAAUUUGUCUUCUGCAGCUGAAGCGGUCCAGCUCAGAUAAAACUAUGGAAACAAUGGAAAGUAAGAACAGAGUGUUUUUUGGAUUCCAGCAGACACACACAGCUCUAAAAAGUGAUGCACAGUCUCCAGUCUAUUCUCUCUCUCGUAUUUCAUAACCAUAAAUAUGCGCUGAGAAUAAGCAGGGGUUUGAUUUGUGCUCUGUAUUCAGCUGGCGCUCUCAGGACUAUCUCUCACAGACAGUAAUGUGUUACUACUGUAUCAGACAGGUGGUUAGAGUUAUUCGCACAGCUGCUCCUUUUUUUUUAUUUGGCUCUAAUCAUAAUGUAUUGAAAUUAAUUUGAAGUGAAAUUAACUUUUAGAUUACAUAUAAAGUUUUAUGGAGGCAGGUCACAGAAAGCUAAAUGUGAUGCUUAAAAGCUCCUAUGAGGGGCUUUCUAGAUGGGUUAUGGCGCCCCCUCUGGACAAAGUGGCACCUCCUAUAUGUUCGCUGAUUUUGUCUCGGCAAAAAAUAUCGUUUUGUUUUCUCGUAACAGUCCAAUGUGUUGAAAGAAAGCGAGAAAAGGCAGUUUCUGUAAAUCAUCCUUUCACAGUAAUGCUGUCACAGCCUCACCGACAAUUAAAGGUGGGAUAUUUACGCCUCUGUGUGACACCUCCUCUGCAGUGUGUGACACAUGGAAGUGUAGACGGGCUAAGCUGUUGCAGAGGCGGAAAUGAGGAAGAAGGUGGCAGUGUGUGUAGCAUCAAAGUGUAGCUCUAUGUGUGAGUUUGUGUGUGUGUUGUGCUUCCAUGCCAAUGCACUGUGAAAUCACAUGAUAACACUUAUAUUAUGCUGCCUUUGGGGGUGUUGCAUAUGUACAAAGGUGUAAUGAUGCUGAGCUUAGUUCCAUCACUGUUUCAGAGUUGCAGUGAGUAAAAGGGUUCACUGUAUAAAGGCAUUAAAAUCAUAAUGAGAGAAAUGAUCAGUGCUGUCAUUAAGGCUCUUAGGUGCUGAUUUAGGUAAGGUGUCAUUAAUAGAAAUCUCAGUAUGAGGCUUAUUUGAUUAACAAUUACCAUUAUCUUCUUCACUGUUACUAUCAUAUUGACAUAUGUUGUCUCUAAGCUCUAUUCAUAACGCCGUAAUAUUCUACUACCUGGAUAUAAACAGGCAUUAAUGGCAGGGGGCACAAAGUAUUCUUGCAGCAUUGUGGUUGAGAAACCGUAAAUAAAGUUGCACAAAGGCUCUCUGCCUAAAAUUUCAUAUGACUGCUUGACCAGACUGAUGCAUAACCAGCACAAGUAUGUAGACGUUAACUGUAUGGAGGACUUAUUAGCCGCAUUGAGGUCCCACUGUGAUCGUUUUUUUUUUUACUACUGCAAGUGUUCCAAGUGGUCUUUGAAUUGUGAUUAUGACGUUUUAAGUCAAAUUCACGUUACCUGUGUCAUUUUUAAGGCCUUUUCUUCUGCAGAGCUCCAGUAGCUCAUUACCAAUUCACUCUGAGUCGUGGGCGGAGUCAGCGCUGCUCUGUAGACUCCUCUUCAUUCUAGUUUGCAGCCUAACAUUGUCGGUGUAGGAGAAGUAGCAGGUAACACAGGAGGUAUUCAGCUCUUGGACAUGAUGAAAGUUAAUAUCAUAAUAAGCUUUCUUACGAGCAUUGCAAUCCGCUAACGCACACGCUUGUUCCGCGAUGGUCCUCUAUUUCUCAGAGUCUGGCCUUCAUUGCGAGGCUCCAGGGGCGGAGCUUGGAGUUGUGACGAAAGAAAUCCCGAUGUGUCUGAGCCUACUGUAUAGGUCUGCCAGAGAUUCACAGCGAAUUGAAUGUAGAAAUACCCAGAUGUGCAAUUUUGCAUUAUUUUUCUCAUGAUAUGUCCUGUAGCCUUAGAAAAAUGCCAUAUGAAAAUGUAGACAACAGGAAAAAGAUGAUUUUUGUUGGAGUGAAUUGGAGAAUGCUUUCUUUUACGGUACACUUAUUACCAGGUAAUUAACAGGUAAUUACUAUAAUUGCUGUAUCAAGUGUCAAUCAUAGAAAAUAAGAACCCCAAAUAGCUUUCGAAAAUGGAGCUGCACAGAAAAAAGAAAAACUAGACAGUAUUGAUUUAGAAGUUAUCAUGUAAUUACCAGAUAAUUUCAUGUUGUUACUAGGUAAUUACCUGUUAAUUACCCAGUAAUUACCUGGUAUUAAGUGUACCGUAAAAGAAAGGGUUACUGUGAAUUGUGCUCAAUUUGACUGUUUUCAUAUUUUUUGUGAUUUUUCGACAAGUUAGCUGAGUCCAAAUUUAAAUUCUUGUUUGAUUAAUUCCAAAUUAGUCCCUAUAGAACAUCUAACCUAACACUGACCCUACCUGUCAAAAACUCCUCAAGUAAAGAAAAUAUUAAGGUUUUUCCUGUCCUUUAUUCUUUUUUAUCUCAUGAGUGCUUGGUCUAAAAACUAAGGGCUAAAUUUCACCAGGGAGAUGCUUCAAGGAGUGCGGUUAUUAAAAUUCACCUGGCUCUUCCUCGGAUUCCUUGUGAGGUUAUUAUUUCGGUGUAUGUUCAGUUCAAAGUGAACAUCUUGACUUGAACUGAAAAGCUCACCCAGUAUUAAAAAUGAAGAGGAUCAUAUCUUUGGAAGAAUGGCUGUAAUCGCAGUUAUCAGUGCAUCCAUUCCACUCUGAUGUUUGCAGUGAUCAGUGUGAGAUAAUGCAGGAUGACAAACCUUUGCUAAGGUGCUCGAAACAUCAGUAAUCCAAACUAAGAGAGGACAUAUCACAAACAAAGAUCUAUAUCCUGUUUCACUUUAUUUAAAAACUGCAGAAACACUGGCGUAUAGAUCUAUGAGUGUAUAGAUCUAUUUGAGGGAAACAAACAGAAGCAUCACUCGGAAAAAGAUUUACAAAGGCGAAAUAUCCCCAAACUUCAAGAACCAGCAAACCCUUCACAGUUUGAUCAGUCAGGGCUUAAGAGGGAUCAGACUUGAGCCGCGGUGAAUCUGAGAUCCACAGAUCUGUGAGUUUAAAGGGGGGCGGGCCUGGUGUGAGGUGAGGGCCAACAUGAGUUACAUCUAUAAACAUCAGUUUGGCUCGAUGUUAGGGUGAUGAGAAAGGUCAGUGCGACCGUUUAAAAAAUUCUUAUCACCUCCUGCAGACCAGAGUCAAAUCCUAGAAAUACAACUAUCAGCUUUUUCCAAUAAUCGAUCAGGUGUUACUUGACCUCACAGUGUAACCAGAGAACAUCUAUGCUGUCUGGAUCUCAUAUUUCAAACAAACUGACUCACUAAAGAGCGAAAAAACAUCUAUGUGAGUUACAGAUUCUUGUAGAUUAUGGCUGAAAUGUUGUUCGCAGAUUGAUGUGACAUUUCUAACAGCGUUUAAAUCCGAAUCAUUAGAUACCGUCCAGGCGGACGUAACUCUGACUGAUUUAAAUUCCUUAACAUCCUGCUCAUUACUGAAAUGUCACCAGAAGUAAUUAUGUAGGAUAAUUUUGUGAUUUUCUCUUUGAAAGAACAGACGCUCAGUCUGUAUAAAUUGUUGUUAACAAGUUUGUUUGCAUCGACUCUGCCUCCGGCAUAUUAAGUUAGCCCGCCGAAGACGUCAGCAGCACUCUCUUCAGUUUCACCUCCGCGUUGGUUGACAGGAACACAUUGAUGUCGUCUCUGGAGAACAGUGAGUUUCACACAAAUGAUGCCUUCUCUCCAACCAGAGCUUAUGAUCUCCCCUUUCAUAGACUCAUUCAUUAACCAUGAAGAAAGAGAAAGAAAGAGAGAGAGAGAGCAGUCAGCGCUCCAGUCAUCCAGAGGUAACUUUGAGCUGCAGGUCAUACUGAUGGCAUGUGUGUCUGAGAUGAUAGAAGUCGAGAAAAUAAUCACACAAAGUCCACAAAGUGCAUUCAUGAAAACCAAAGUCUUUACUCCGAGAGAAGGCUGCAGAAAAUGAGAACCAGUUGAAUCUGAUUCCAGCAGUGAGAGGACAUUUUGACAUGAAUUGUUAAUGAGACGCCUCUUCCUCCUCCGGCCCAGCUGGUAAUUAGAUAAUAAUGAUAUUUAAUCAGAUAUUCCUCUAAAACUUGAUGCUUUAAUGAGGCGUCUUGAUGGUCAUUACAACAUUUGCAGAGUCAGAUUUAGGUCGCAUCUUUGUGUAAUGAUGAGUUACACAAUAAUCUAAUCUGUGUGUUACAGAUGAUGCAUCUUGAGGUGGAUCUUUAUUUUAAUUCAGCUUUGCUUUUAGCUCUUGGCUCAGUUUCAUCUUUUUUUGUCUGUCCUGUACUUUCUCAAAGCCUGCAGCCUAAUGUGAGAAAGCAUUUCUCACAUACCAGAGCGUCUGUUUGCAAAUGAGCUUCAACUAUGUUCAGCGCAUUUGUUCCAACAAUGCUGACAUUUUCACAAAAGGAAGGGAAAUGUUUUUGUCUUGAGCAGUGCUUUAAGUGAACAGAAAUGAGUGCUGGUAUUCCCCAUGUUCACUCCUCACUUACAAACCUUCUGGCUGAUGCUGCUAUCCAGUUUCCCAUCAUGCCUCUAAUGCAUCGCGAGUCUGCAGCACUUUUUUGGAUAAAGCUCUGCAGUCACUCUGCCUUUGUACUUACACACUGACUGCACCCCAAAAAGGUGUAAUAUUGGUGUUUCAGGGUGUGAUUUUGGAGGUUAGCUAAGGAACAGAAAAAGCACAGCUAGAGCGCCACAUACAUAUACUGUAUUUUUCGCACUAGGAGCACUGCAGCUACCGUAGCCUCGCGGAGUUAUUGAAUGAGUUAAAUAAAGUUUAUCUGACUGUUUUGUUUGGUUUAAUGCGCUUUAUAAUCCGGUGUGCCUUGUAAUCUGGUGCACCUUAGUGUAAGAAAAUAGACACGAAUAGACGCGUUCAUUGAUGGUGUGCCUUAUAGAGCGAAAAACACGGUACACUUAGACAUGCACACACACACUAGGGCUGCACGAUUAAUCAAUUUUAAAUCGUGAUCGGACUAUUUAAUUAUGACGAUGUUAAAAAUUAAAAUUGUCAAAUCGAUUUAUUCCUCUCGAUUAUGUCUCGUGCCUCCAGGCUACCGUAGGCUCCUCCUUCCUGCGGGGGCGCUUCCCAGUUCCCACACACACCAGUGUAAACAAACAUGGCGUUUGCAGCGUAGCUCUUUUAUGGCGCCUGUGCAUGUCCGACCAAAACAACCUUUUUACACAUGCUCUGUACUCUUCUUCUGUCUUUUGUGCAUUUCCUGUGCAGCGUUAUAGCGCCACUCACUGGCUUGGCAUAUGCACUCCAUUGUUUUUAGUGGUUUCGUUUUGAGUGAUGAUAGAAAAACUUUUUAUUUUUAAAGUAAAGUUUGGUGAAGUUGUCACUGAAUAAAAAAUCAAAAUUGAGUUUCCAGAGAAAAAAAUCGGGAUUUUAUUUUUGGCCAAAAUCGUGCAGCCCUGACAAACACACACACACACACACACACACACACACACACACAGCAGUGUUCCACCCUGCAUGCUCCGAAGCUACACAUCGCCACCUUCCUCCCAAAUUUCCUCCCAUUACUUUUCUACACUCUUACAUAUUUUAGUCACGGUGUAACAGAGUGAAAAUGUCCCAAAUUGAAAUGGCAGCUUGUAAAAACUGUGAAAUACUGUAUGAAGACUGAAUAAACUACUGGAAAAAAAAAAACCUGAGCACUGAACCGUCCUUCCACAUCCUCUUAUGAUCACAAACAUGUCUUGUAGUCCUCAUGUUCCACAUCCAGUGCGUAUGCUGAAUAAUGAAUUAUGCACCAAGGUUUAGUGAGAGUUGUUAACUCGUUUAGACAGGCACUGUGUGUACUCUUCGAUACUGUGCAGGGUAAAAGGCUCAUUAAAACUACAAUGUCUCUAAUCCUGUAAAUAUUAACCGUGCUGAUCCUCCUGCACUUUAUUUAUUCAGUCUCAUAAUACUUUUAAACAUUCGCUCCUCUGCAUCGAAGGCUUUUUUUCCCUUUAUUCCAGUAUUGAUGUUGGAUUUUAAAGCCGUUUCCCGCAGAGUAAAACUCUGUAAAUGUAAAGUUUAAAGUUCAGAUCUCUCGGAUAUUCUGGUUAAACCAAAAGAAACUUGUUGUUCCUCAGCCAAACUCUUAUCUAUUCACGCUUCAUUGGAAGAAUAAUUGGUUUUCUGUGAUAUCCCACCGACAGACGAGCAGAUAAAAAAAAAAGAGUGAAAACAUUUCACCCUCAUUCCUCUUCUUUCCUCCGCAGGUUCCUGCCAGAUCGGCUGGGCGUAUUACUGCACCGGGGCCGGGGCAGCGGCCGCCAUGCUGCUGUGCACCUGGCUCUCCUGUUUUGCGGGAAAGAAGCAAAAGCAAUACCCGUACUGACGGGAGGUUCAAGUCGGCGGGGCCGAACGGAGACCUCCGGAAGAACAAGAGAGGACUCUGACAGUGUGGACUCGAACCGGUACAGCACAUCAGGCACCAAAGACAGCAAGUCACUCUGGUGCUCUGCACAUCAUGGACACUACUCAUCAGAUAACUGCAGGGACUGAUUCAUUAUGCAGCACAAACACAUGGCUUUGAAAACUGGGUCUCCUCUUAAAAGCUGUUCUUAAAUGAAAAAUGUAUGGACCAAUCCUUUUUGUAAAGUGACAUGACUAUUUCUUUAACCAGAAGAAUAUUCUCUCUCUUUUUUUUUCUUCUCCAGUCAUAGAUGUUUCUGUGAUAGUGUACCCUCCCUGUGAUGAAGAGAAAAGUUCUAUUGCUUCAUAGUGACGUGAAGUGUUUCUGUCUCCUCUUCAUGUCUCAUCCUUGCCUUAAUCACAAACUGAAAUGCAAUAAUCCCGAUAAUGUAAAGCAAUCCCACACUGGCUGCCUGCUCCCCCCCGACUCAGCCUUGUCAGAUUCCAGAGUUUAUUUAACACAUUCAUCAAAUAUAUAUGUUAAGUUGUGUAUGAUAAUGUAUUUUAUCAUAUUAGCACAUGUUUUGUAUUCACUCUCCAGUUAUUCUUUGUCAUGUUAUUUUGGUUUUUGUAAAUAAAUGUUUAUUGAAUUCUG